GGGGCGCGGACCGGCGGCGGAGCAGGCGGGGCCACCUUCAGUCAGCGCAGGCUGGGGCGGGGCGGGGGAGAGGAAAAGCUGUGGAAUGGCGGCCGGCCGGGACAGGCCGCUUCGGUGCUGAGGAGUUCGGAGGGAGGCGCGGAGAAGGCGGCCGUGAGCGGGUAAGCCUCGCUCCGUGGCGGCGGGAGGGCGAGGCGCUGCCCUUUUCCGGGUGUCCGCUGGAGGGCAUGGGCAGGAGCGGUUAUUAUGGGAUGGGGCAGUUUUUUUGCCUUCGCUGUGUGGGAAGAGGCUGACCCGGGAGAGACCGAGGAGCGGCGGAGGGUCGUGGCGCGGGCGGGGCCUUCGGGCUUUCUGAACAGGAAGGUGUUGGGCAAAGGUGGGUGGGGGAUCCGCGGCCCUCCAGGUGCUGCCGGUCUGCAACUCCCAGCAUCCCUUAGCCUCGGCUGCGCUUGCUGGGGCUGAUGGGAGUUGUAGUUCAACUUCAUAGAGGGCCGCAGGGUCCUCAGCACCUGGUGCAGGAAGCGGGCUGGGAUGGCAACCUCCUCCCUUGGGUGUGUGCCUCGUCCCCUCUACCUUCUUCGUCAACGCCCUUCCUAGGCAGACCCAUCUUUCUGUAGAAGUUGUUUCCCCUUUCACUAGGAGCCACUGGUGUAACUUCUGCUGAUCGAAGUGGUUUUUAUUCAUCCCUUCGGCCAAAAGAAAGAAGGAUGAGUCAGGGGGUUCCCGGAGUGGGUUACGAAUCACAGGAUUAAGAAGGAGGAGGAAAUAAGGAAAUGUUCGAAAGUUUAGUUGGGUUCUGCUUUUAAUAAGGGCUGCAUCACCCACCGGUGGGGUUGGGUGAGAGGGUUCCUUUCCAAAAUGAGAAACGUUGGUCUUGAUUGUGUUGGUCUAAGAUGGUUUUUGUACUACGGAGCGUACAAGAUGGUAUGCACACAUGCACGCACGCGUCUAAACUGCAAUUGCUUGCUCUCUCGAUAAAUUCUGAAGCAAAGCGCUCUUUCUACUAUGCAGUCUCGCACUGCUUUCUAGGUGGAAGAGUUGGAGGUACAGAUAGUGUCAAGCGGAGUACUUUGCUGCUGAAGCAAGAGAUCGUUUUUUGAGAGGGCAAUCCUGUAUGUCCUUAAGCAAAAGUAAAUUCCAGUGUAAGAACCAAUGUGAUGUAGUGGUUAGAGCAGCCUUUCUCAACCAUGGGUCUCCAGAUGUUGUUGGACUAUAACUCCCAUCAUUCCUGACCACUGGGACUGCUAGCUAGGAAUGAUAGGAGUUGUAGUCCAACAAUACCUGAGGACCCAAGGUUGAGAAAGUCUGGAUUAGAGUGUCAAACUGCGACUGAGGUCCAAAUCCUCAUUCAGUCCGGAUGCUUACCGAGUAAUCCUGUUCCUGUUGCUAUCUCUUAGCUUAACCUACCUGAUACUAGGAAUGUUGUCUAAGUAAAAACGGAGAGAGAAAUCAUACCCUGAGCUUCUUGAAGGAAGGGUGGGAUAAAAAUGAAAUAAAUCACAAUGUAACAAUAAUAGUUGUGGCCAGUAGGGCCUCCUUCCUGAUCAAUGUGUUUUGGAUUGCAGCCUGACUUUAUUGUCACCUGCCCAAUGUAACAUAGUAAAGCAUUUUGCUUCUGUAAUGUACAUCAAUGGCCUUGGCCCAGUAUACCUGAAGGAGCGUCUCAACCCCCAUCGUUCAGCCUGGACACUGAGGUCCAGCUCCGAGGGCCUUCUGGAGGUUCCCUCACUGCAAGAAGUGAGGUUACAGGGAACCAGGCAGAGGGCCUUCUCAGUAGUGGCACCCGCCCUGUGGAGUGCCCUCCCAUCAGAUGUCAAAGAAAUAAACAACUAUCCGACUUUUAGAAGACAUCUGAAGGCAGCCCUGUUUAGGGAAGUUUUUAAUGUUUGAAGUUUUAUUCUGUUUUUAAUGUUCUGUUGAAAGCUGCCCAGAGUGGCUGGGGAAACCCAGCCAGAUGGGUGGGGUAGAGAAGAUAAUAAUAAUAAUAAUAAUAAUAAUAAUAAUAAUAAUAAUAAUAAUUACACUACCACCCAUGCAGGGCAGAUGUAGGAAACUUUUGUCCUGCCAAAGGUUGCUGAACUACAGCUCCCCAUCAUCCUUGGCCAUUGUCCAUGUUUCCUGGGUAUGAUGGGAGUUACAAUUCAACAUCUGCAGGGCUGAAGGAUGCCUACACACCUAGCAUAGGAAAUGCUGUUAUAUUAAAAUGUAAAGUUGCUUUUUAACUGCACUUGGGGCAUACUGAGUUGGCAGUGCAAACAAUAUAAAAGGGGAAAGUUCUGCAGUUGCAGAAAAUUAUUGCUCUCUUGAGAGCAUAGGUAUGAAUGUACCCAUUUGUGUGCUCCGCAACACAGCCCUUUUAGCUUAUGGCACGUUCUUGGGUUUGCCCUAAAGCAAUGCAUGUCCUUCUCCAUCUCUUUCCACUUAUCUGGUAAGCUUGUUUUGGGAUUGGAUUUCCUAUCAUUUCUUCCUUAGGGGUUCAUCAGUUGCAAGUGAUGGGGGAAACUGUUUAUGAGUGAGGUGUUACAGUUAAAUGUGUUGUGUGAUAGGAAGGAUGUGGGUACUCUGGGACUGGAAGAAGGGCAGGGUGUUUUUGUGUUUAUGAUGGUGGAAGGUAGGACAACAGAUAUACUGUAGGUGGCACAGCUAGGUAAAGACAAUAAGAACAGGAAAGGGAAUCCAGGAGGAAUAAAGAGGACUUUGAAUGCGGGUGGGGCAGGCUUCUGACCAUAUUGAAUGUGAGGGUGUUGGUGCAGGAGACAAAGUAUGAAGCAAGUCUGCAAAGAGAUGGAGACUGUCUUAGUCAUUAAAAGCAAAGAUAGCCGUGUUGGUCUGUAAGGCUGGGGUGGGGGGGACCAAAUGCAAAUGCUAAAGUUGGGCCAAUACUUUUUUUAAGACCAAUACUUUUGGUUAGUCCCAAUAAAGGUAUUGUCCAGCUGUGGAUUUUGUCAUUUCAAUUGUAGGACUCUUGGUAGGAGCAUGGUAGAUUAGGGAGUCUUUGUGGUUUAUGUGGGGGAGGAGCCUAAAUUGGGCCCUAGGAUUAAGAAGUCCUGGGUUUUAAAGCUAUAAAGUGUAUGACAAAUGCUGUAGGCAUGGCUGGAGGUCUUGGGGUAGUGAUCUAUGUAUUUGUAACCUUAAAGUGUCAGUGUGACAUGGACAUUGAUACUUUGAGAAAGGUGGUCAUCCUGUAAUAAGAAUGGUAUCCAUGCUCCUUAUUUUAAUUUCAGAUUUAUGCUCUAUUAUAAAGGCAGUGGCUGGGCAGAGAUAGAGGAAUGUUUGCUUUGGGAGGCUCUUGGAUUGUGAAAUCCAGGGAUACACUGAAAAAUGCACCUGCACUCGGUUGGAGUUGUCCAGGUAUAAGACUGGAUUUUGUAACGUUGCCACCAGCAUUGGGGCAAUUGUGGUACUCAGUAGCAAGUAAUGAGACUCUAUGCAUCUGCACCUACAAGUUUAGACUUUGGAAAGGGAAGGAAGUUGUGUGCCUGCGGUCUCUCUUGUUGCUCUCAACUUUCGCCAAGGAGGUCAGAGCAGUACACAUACAGUUUCCUCCAUUUCAUUCACACAGCAACCCUCUGACAUAGGAUAGGCUGAGGAAUUUGUGACAGGCCCAAGGUUGUACAGUGAGCAGUGUGACUGAGUGAGGAUUUGAACCUGUUUCUCCUGAUCUGAGUUCCAUGCUUUGGCCAUUACGCUGGCAAUGGCAUGCUGCAGUAGGGGUGCCAGUUCUGGAAUGCAGGAAUGUUUCCUUUAUAUGAUGAAAGAAUUUGUUCCUUUAAGGCCACCUGAAGAUCUCUUUAAGAAACAAAGCAGGCCUUAUUUCUCAAGAAAGCCUGGUGGAUAUUAUGAUCGGCUUGCUCCUGAACAAACCAACAAAGUUUAUUAGCAUUUUUGUUUAUGUGGUAUAAUUUUCUGUGUGUACAUUGAUGGAAUUUGUCUCCGUGAAACUUGCUUUGCUUGUGAAAAUCUCACCCUUUUUGUUGGCACAUGCAGCCAGUUGCCCUUACUUGUAAAAUCUAUUAUGGGUGGAAUUGUUCUGGAAUUUACUUGCAUAGUAACCUUUUAAAAUGCAUAUCAGUUUUCGCUGGUGUGCAGUAUUGGCUGUGAAACAAUUGUCUGCUACUUAUUAAUUGCCCUUCACAGGGAGCUGCAUUUUGGGUGCUUUUCUAUAUAAAAAUAUGGAGAUAUAUUGAAUGCUCAGCUAAUGUUUGCCUAUGUAUGUAAGUAGAACAGUACAUAGCAUAAGAUUGCUUCCCUUUGCCAUCAAUACUAAUAUUAGAAAUGUCUGAACUCCUUAAUUGCCCUAGUACUUUACUGUAAAUAUCACUGGCACCAUUGCACCAGAACUGUCCUUGUUUUUAAGUUACCCCAAGAUUCUUUGUUUACAUAGCAUUAAUAUCCUUUGCCUUUUUUCUAUUUGUGUUAUUUUAUUUCUUAACGAGAGCCUUUUAUAGAAUCGUUCAAUAUAAAUUUCCCAAGGACUGUGCAACAUAAAACCACAACAAUCCAAUAACAAAAAUAUAGUGGUACCUCGGGUUACAGAUGCUUCAGGUUAUGUGUUUGCGGGUUGCGCACCGUGCCAAACCCGGAAGUACCGGAACGGGUUACUUCCGGGUUUCGGCGCAUGUGCAGAAUUGCCAAAUCACGCUUUGCACAUGCGCAGAAGUGCCAAAUCACGACCCGCAUGUGCGCAGACGCGGUGCUGCGGGUUGCGAAUGUGCCUCCCGCACUGAUCGCGUUCGCAAGCUGAGGUUCCACUGUACAGUUUAAACACACACACACAAAUCAAAGCUAAUAAAUAAAAUAGAAGUUUAUGCGUUGCUACCCAUUUGGAAUACAUGACUGAGCCAUUCAAAAAUAAAUCCCAUUUGCCCACAAACAUACCUUCCACAAACAGAAAAAUAGUAUUUGUCAUGGUUCCCUGUUAAAGAAGGAAAAGAACUGGGGAACAGCUGGCCAGUGUCUGCAUAGCAUAUCUGUGGAAAUGAGUCAUCUACAGACCAAAUGGUCUCAUACUAGUUUUAUUAGAAAUUCUAUUUCAAGCCAUAUAUAAAGUGUUUGUUAUAUUUAAGUUCUGAUUGCUUUCUGCAAUUAUUAGUCUGCCAGAAGGUCUUGGUGCAAAGUAGAUGCAUCGCUUGAAUUCGUGGUAUACUUCUUGUGCAACUUUUCAAAACUGAGGCUGCAGUCUUAUGCACACAUACCUGUAAGUUCUGUUGAACUCAGUGAGUCUUAACUUCUGAGAGGACAUAUAUUAGAGUGUCAUGCCACUUUUAGGUUAAUGUCAUGUUGCAUUGUAUUCUGAUAGGCAUAUGCUAUACACUACCCUGAAAUACUUUCAAUAAAGGAUGACAUACAAGUGUUUUUAAACAGGUGGAACAACUGAUUUAUUCAUCACACUUGACUAAUCUCAAUCUACUAUGGUGUCACUCGCAUUGUUUAUCUUGGAAUCCCCAGUAGAAAGGAGUAGGGAGGAACACUGCUUGGGUUAUUGGGUGUGGCCAUGAUACUUAAGUGUAAAGGAGUGGAGAAGCUUUCCAAAUCUAGAGUUGGGUGUCUUUAUUGUUCUGUAGUGAGAAAUUCCAAUUUGCCUUUUAGCACAGCCUUUUAGAUUUAGUUUAAAAUUAAAUACCUUUGAAAUAAGCCUUCCUAAGAGGAUGCGGGUGGCACUGUGGUCUAAACCACUGAGUCUAGGACUUGCUGAUCGGAAGGUUGGUGGUUCGAAUCCCCGUGAUGGGGCGAGUACCCAUUGCUCGGUCCCAGCUCCUGCCAACCUAGCAGUUCAAAAGCAUGUCAAAGUGCAAGUAGAUAAAUGAAGUGAGCCAACUAACAUUAAGAAAACUGAAGUGCCUAUCCUUGGAAUAAAUACUUGUACCUCUUCAGGAAAUCAUGCUGCAACAUGAAAAGAAGCUGCAAGCGCGGUUUAAGAGGGGACUGACUAUGGCUCUUAAGGGUAAAGGUAAAGGACCCCUGGCAGUUAAGUCCAGUUGCAGAAAACUCUGGGAUUGCUGUGCUCAUCUUGCUUUAGUGGCCGAGGGAGCCGACGUUUGUCUGCAGAGCGUUUUCCCAGGUCAUGGGGCCAGCAUGACUAAGCCGCUUCUGGCAAAACCAGAGCAGCGCACAGAAAUGCCGUUUACCUUCCUGUCGGAGCGGUAUCUUUUUCUCACAAUAAGUCAUGGUUGAUAACUUAUUUUAAAUGAGCAGUGUACCAAUGCCUGCUGCUCCAUCACACCCCCUGUGUUCCAUCUCUAGUGCAAACAAGAGCAACAAGCCAAGACUUUUCGCUUGGCAUUAAUGUCCAAACACCAGCAUUGUGUUUUAUGCCUGUGUAACAAACCAUGAUCAUGGUUUGUUCUUGGCUGGUGUGUUGUUACGUCCUGGUUUGGAUGUCAGACUUCAUGGCUUGUUACUUCUGCUUGCCCCAGGGGAAGAGCGAAGCAGAAGCAACUAGGCAAGCAUGUACUAUUACUCUGUUCAUGCAAGGUAACCCAUUUAACCAUAACUUAUGGUGAUGUGUGAACUAAAUUACCCCAUCAGGAGGCAGACACUGGCUGUUAGUGCAUUGCUUUAUUUGUAUUUGUAUUUAUAUGUCAGAUUUGCGAAUCCCCAGUAGAUGUUUUCUCUUUCUCGUGUUUUCAAGGCUUCUUAUAUUUUGUUUUUGCUUGUAUACAAAGUAUAUGCUGCUAAAUCUCAUGGUGCCUACUCAGUGCUUAACCAAACAAGAAAAGUUGAGUAGUGCCUAAUGGAUUGGUAUUCCAGUUAAUACAGCAUUUGUCAUACACAUUAUAGCUUUAAAAAGCAGCUUAAAAAUGUAAAACUGUGAUGUGGCAUGAAUAUCAAGUCUCCUGCAUUGCUACAGUCUUGGAAAAGCACACAACAUGCUUCUGUUACAAUUGCAUAGAGGUUUUUAUAUCUGCUUAACUGUUGUGGUUCCCUCAAAUCUUAAAAAUUAUAGUUUGCUGAUAGUGCUGCAGCCGCCUUCUCAAUUUGGAAGUGGGCGUAGCAGGUAUGAAUCUUGCAGUUGAAGCAUAGUGGUUGGGGAUUAUUCUCUCCUUGGCUCCAACCUGGAGAUGAGGUUAGGUCCCCUCUCACAUUUGCCAAAGGGUAAUGGGACACUUGCCAAAGGGUAAUGGUGACAGCAGUCACGAAAUUAAAAGACGCCUGCUCCUUGGGAGAAAAGCAAUGACAAACCUAGACAGCAUCUUAAAAAGUAGAGACAUCACCUUGCCAACAAAGGUCCGUAUAGUAAAAGCUAUGGUUUUCCCAGUAGUGAUGUAUGGAAGUGAGAGCUGGACCAUAAAGAAGGCUGAUCGCCAAAGAAUUGAUGUUUUGAACUGUGGUGCUGGAGGAGACUCUUGAGAGUCCCAUGGACUGCAAGAAGAUCAAACGUAUCCAUUCUUAAGGAAAUCAGCCCUGAGUGCUCACUGGAAGGACAGAUCGUGAAGCUGAGGCUCCAAUACUUUGGCCACCUCAUGAGAAGAGAAGACUUCCUGGAAAAGACCCUGAUGUUGGGAAAGAUGGAGGGCACAAGGAGAAGGGGAUGACAGAGGACGAGAUGAUUGGAUGGUGUUCUUGAAGCUACCAGCAUGAGUUUGAUCAAACUGCGGGAGGCAGUGGAGGACAGGAGUGCCUGGUGUGCUCUGGUCCAUGGGGUCACGAAGAGUCGGACACGACUAAACGACUAAACAACAAUGGGACACUUGGCUAUGGUGGUUGAAAUUGUGGAUUCCUGCUCUUACAUCUCUCUUCCCCACUUGCACAUUUAAAAUGCUGAACUGGCACUUACAUGGUUCGAUACAUUUUAAAGCACCCCCCCCAUUUUUUUUAGCACAGUGCUAUUGGGUUAAAAGAGUCCAUUAGAGGGAUAACUUCACUUCCAAUAGUAGGUCUGAAAAAAUGAUAGUAGCAAUUUGCCAUUGGAGGUUUUCUGCUUUUUUGCAUGUCCUAGUCACCAGGAUAGGUUUUCACUUACUUAUUCCCUAGACACUGCAGCUUUCACAGAUGAUAAGGCUAUUAAGUAGAAGCAGGGGUACAGCUGUACAAGGAUCCAGUUUUUCUCCUGGCAGUCAAUGUUCCUACUCAGGUUUUAUUUUUAUGUUCUUAAUUCUCCCUACAUUACUGAACUUUCGGAUUCUGAUCAUCUGUUUAUCUCUUUUUUUUCCAUGGGCCUGAAUAAAGUCUGUGUGCAGUUUAUUUUAGCCUUGUAUCAACUAUGAUAGAAAUAAAUGUCUCCAAACAGAUGACUCAUAGAAGACACAGUUGAGUUUUCUCUUGAGACAUAGGGAAAAGGGGAGAUGGGACUAUUGUUCAUUUAGCCUCACUUUGCAUCAAAGUUCCACAUUCCCUGUAAUAAGUAUAGGAUGUCAGGUAUACAAGAAAAUGCUGAACAAGUAUUAAAUGUCUAUCCAGGAUUAAUAGACACUCUCAUACUUGUUUUUCAGCUUGGUAGUAACCAUUAGGUAUAUUUUAUUUUUUACUUUCAGACUUGCUCAAAGUGAAGCUACUUAAAUGGAAUUUAACUUAAGGAUAGUAAGUGCAGUUAAGGUGGUUUUGCUUCUGAGGCUCUUGUUCCCACUUGCUUUCUUGCAUUCAUUGUCUUUGAUUCUCUGCAUAUAGUUUUGCAGGGGGAAACGUGAUACUGUCCUUUGGCCUUCAAGCAGCUUUACAGUGAGAUACUCCAAAUUGCAUCCAUGGGCGAAAAACAUUCCAUGUGGGGCAUGUUGCUAUGGCUGCAACAUGCGCAGAAUGCAAGCAGUAGAGCCUAAUUGGGAAUGAGUGCUGGUACAGUGGUACCUCAGGUUAAGUACUUAAUUCGUUCCGGAGGUCCGUUCUUAACCUGAAACUGUUCUUAACCUGAAGCACCACUUAAGUUAAUGAAGCCUCGCGCUGCCGGAGACCAUUUCUGUUCUCAUCCUGAAGCAAAGUUCUUAACCCAAGGUAUUAUUUCUGGGUUACCAGAGUCUGUAACCUGAAGCGUAUGUAACCCGAGGUACCACUGUACUCUCAAGGUUCAACUAAAAAGACCUCUUAAAGUGGUGUAAGAGCAGAAGUGAUAGUUCCCCUUUUGCACACAUCUGCUUGUAUAUGCAGCAGCUGGUUGCAUAUAUAGCUACACACCUAUAAUAUACGAGUUCGCUGGUGGGAUUAGUCCCAUAGCCCAUUUAGUUUAGCACUGUAACUCAAAUAAAGGCCUGUUGUAAGCCAUGUGAAACUCACAAGUAGGGGUAUGGUGAAGGUAGCCAUUUCUUAUUUUUCUCUUGCCUUUGAUAGUAAGAGGUACACUGUCUCUUGUCACACAAUUUCCAUUCUUAAGCCAUAGUGAAAACCAUAAUUAGACCUGGCCUUCAUGAAUUUGUGUAAUCCCUUUUAAAUAACAUAUAUGCUAGAGGCCAUCCUAACAUUUUGUGCCAGUGAAUUAAAGGCGGUUAUAAGUUGAAACUGUCUGAUCCUUUUCAGAUAUAUCUUCUCCCCAAUCAUGAGGACUAGAAUCAUUCUUUGAGAAAAGUCUUGAGAGACUGAAUAUCUCAGAAUGUCAAAUCCUCUGCUACAUUCUGUAUUCUGUGAGGAGCAUUUAAAGGUAAAAAGAAUAAAGGUGACUCACAGCCCUGAGGAUUUGACCCAUUCUCUCUGACUAACCCAGCCAGUGACUUCCAGCAGUAAAACAUCUGAAUCCUGUUCUGCUAAUUCUAGCAGCUUCUGGGUCUGGUUCAUUGGAGAAAUCUUCUGAAGGCAACUUGCACAAAGGCUUAACUGUGCCUCUGAGAGUGCAAAAGCUGUCUGUUUCCCCAGAGAAAUGCCCUUGACCUACCUAUUUUACAAAGCAGCAUUUAAAAAAAAACCUCUGAGAAACCAGAACAGCAUCAAGGGCAUUUCUGUGAAACUUUGCUUUACGUAAGAGGCUUCAGUUAGGCCUCAUUCCCGAGCAAGGCAGAUAUUAUAAAGCCUUCACGAUAAAAGAACAUAGAAUCUCAGGUUUACAUUGGUGAUGACCCUAGUGCUGUGUGUGUGUGUGUGUGUGUGUGUGUGUGUUUAAAACCACCUCUAUUUUAAAUUAUUUCUGAAACAAAUAAAUUUUAAAAAGCAACUAAUUAUAGCACUGGGGACAAGGAAUUUCCAGACUAAGAGCAUAAAUUAGUGGGUUACAUAAGCUGUUUUUGAAUAUAUUGACAUAUAGGUCAUUUAUUGCAAUCUGCCUUCAAUAGAUGACAGAAGAUAUAACUAUCAAGAAAGUGAUCUACAGGCCUCUUGUAAUCUCCUGGGUCUGUGCUGCUAUAUUGCUUAUCAACAAAUAGUCUUAGAUAUUUGCAAAGCAGCAUUGGGCAGAUGGAUACUUAUUUUCGCUGAGCAGCAAGCUGAGAUUUGCAGUUGCUAAGGGUAUAUAACUUAUAACCUUUAGGAUAAUAACUUUUGGUCUCAUUGAUUAAAUCCAGUGAUUUUCUAUCUAUGGGUGUGGUAUGGUACCUUGUUCUCAUAGUUCAGGCCUAUGGCAAGUUCACCAGAUAGACUUAAACUACUUUUCCUUUUCAAACCUUCGUCAACACUGGCCAAAUCUUACCAUUGUGCAUCACUUAAGUUCAUCAGAUUUAUGAUGCCAUCAGUUUAAAAAGUGCUUUGUCUAUCUUUGAGGCAUGGAGAUGUUUUCCAGGCCAGAGCCUCAAGUUUCUUUCUCUGGUUUCCACCACCCCCACUUCCUGUUCCCAUAACUUAAUGUCUCUUGUUUCUAUUUUUUCCCCAGUAGUAAGAACCUAAGUGGCAUAAAAAUGUAGUAGCACUUUUAAAAUUUGCAGUAUAUCUGAUUGAUUUCUCAAAAAGUUAAAUCUCUCAAGUAUUUUUAAAAUGUGGAAAUUGCAAGAACUGAGACCUGGAAAUACUGGUACCUAGGGAAAUUUACUUAUUAGCUAACACUUUAUCAUCCUGGAGGGUUUAAGUGAACCCAAAAUAUUUGCAUUGGCUCUUGAAGUUGCUGUUCUAUUGUAUUUGAUUUUUCUGUACAUUGCUUUUGUGAUUUUUAAAAAAAUACAAAAUAAAUAAAUUUACUAAAUCAAAUCAUUGCUAUAUUCCAUGAAUUUGUCAAAUCCCCUUUUAAUGACCUAUUGGCUACUGUCCAUCACUACCCAUCUUGCCCGUGAAUUCCAUAAACUAAUGGAUGUGAGGGUACUUGUAGUUGCUUAUUACUGCAGUACUUUGAACUACCUCUCUUUUGUAGUUGUAAUUGGACUUUAUGUCCUCUCUGACAUAAAGAACACUAUCACUUCCAGUACAUCCUACCCUCUUCUUCCUAUGCAGCUUUUAGCCGGGAAUAAAUGUUCCACUGACUUUCUCCAUUCCAUCAGGCUUCUGAUAUUUUUACUUUAUUGGUGGUCUCUUUUAGCAUCAAGUGCUCUACCUCCUCAAUCUUGGCUUGGUGGUUUCUAGUUGACUAACAGAAUGCUUUAAGAACUGGUGGUAGUCAGUAUAUUUUAGCUCUUGCCUUUCUGUUACUCCUGGGUUUAGUGAACUAUCCAGUUGCUUGAUUACACCAGAAAUAACAUCUGGACUACCAAGAAGCUGCUUAGGUUCUUGAAUUCCUAGUUUUUUGUUUGCAUUUGUUUGUUUGUUUUAAAUAAUCUUUUCCUCAGAUGCAGCUACUGUAUUUAGCCACUAGUAAGCGUGUCUGUAUUUGUGCAACUAAAUGUCUCACAGCAAAGACUGAAGAAGCCUAAGAUGUUAAUGAGGACAGGAGCUCAGAUUGCAAACGCACUUUAGCGUAGCAUGGUCACUGAUGAGACCGGAAGGCGCCCCAAGAUUUUUAACCUGGGUAUUUUAUGAAGUUUUAUCCUGAUUCCCAUAACUUCUGUUUCUUAAACUGAAUUUUAUCCUGAGGAAGUAAAACAUGAGUUUGAAGUAUAGAUUGCUAACAAAAAAUAUAAUGUGUUCAGAGCUCAACUCCUUUUCUGUCUUGGUACCAUUUGUACACAGGCAUUCCUGGAACCCACGUAUGUUAACGGAGUGUGCAUAAGUCUGCCCCACCCAGUUAUGCCUUCCCCCAGUUUCAUCCCCUUUCUACCUUCUUCAGGGUUACACGUCAGUGUUGGACACGUGCAAAAUCUUUGCCGCCUGUAUUCUUAUUUGAAAUGCUUGAGACAGUUUUGUUUUUUUUAAAAAAAGUUGAUUUUGUAUCUGUAAAAACAUUUUAAGAAGAUAAAAUUGACUGCCAUAAAUUUUGUAAUGUCAAAGGUUGACUUAAUAAUAUGAAUGCAGCCAUGAUUAAUUUAAGAUAUUAAAUCUAUUCAGGCAAGAAUGCGUGUACAUAUUGUAAUGACUUCCUUUUCGUACAAUUAAAGUAAUUGGAUUAUAUUUAAUGAGCUAUUUACAUUUAAUAAUUAAGAAAAGACUUAUCUUUCCAGUAUUCCCUAAGUGCAACAAACGGAAGGGUGGGGGCAUUCAGUACUGGGAUAUAAUUAACAAGCCAUAAGUUGAAACUGAAAGAGCUGCUGAGCUGCUGUGGAAAAGACUGCUUUAUUCCUGUAAUUUAGAAUUGCUAUUGAAAGAGCAGUGCAUAAUUUAGAAUCUGCAUUAAGGGAAAGCAUUAAGGGAAAGAGAGCUGACUGCUUCUAGGGACUUUCUUGUAUGAUACAAUUUUGGGCACACAUCCUGGAGAAUGCCAACAGAUAACCAUUCCUAGCUAGAUACAAUGUGAGAAGAAGGAAAUGUCUGUAAAGGGAAGAUAAAUUUUCUGCUUUUUCUGUAGGGAAGCACCCCUCUCUUUUGUAGUCUGGCUCUAGCACAUGUAAAUUUUAAGAGAGGAGAAGAUGCAGGGUAUUUCCCCGGUGAAGAAUGCAGUAUGCCAGCCAUGAGCAAAUGAGAGUGAACUAUCCUUAGAUGUACUUUGAUCCUGGAGUAACCCCUUUUGUAAAUAGGUGCAUAAAGGUUCUGUCUACACUAGAGCUGGGCGAUAUAUUGAUAUAUUGUCCCAAACCAGUUUGAAGGCCGUAUCGUGAUACUGGUUUCAUAAUUUUUGACCUGGUAAUAUAUUGCGAAUCGUGAUGUGUGCUAUGCAAAAAUCACAGUGUAGGAAAAACCAUGAUGCCAAUCAAUGCCUCUACAUAGCUCCAUCCUUAUUUCAGACAUCAAGAUAUAGUGGUAUAUCACAAUGUUUAGCUGGUGAUGAAAAAACAAGUAACGCCCAGCCUACUGUUCACCUCUACAUAGUUCCACCCAUAUUUCAGACAUUGUAAUAUAUCAGUAAAUUAUGAUGUUUAACUGGUAUACGUAUCACCCAGCCCUAGUCUAUGCACAUACAAACACACAUAGAGAGACGCAUGUAUGCUAAUAAUUUGUGGAAUGUCUUUGGGCAUGGAAGAAGAAACUAAGCAGUUUACAAAUGCUUUCUUGUCUGGUCACCUCAAGGUGUUUAUUUGUCACAGACAAGUGAUGAUUUACAAGUUUCCUUAAUCUCUUUGCAACUGCUGCUGGGAUACUGAAAAGCAUAGGAGGGUUUUAAGGAUGUGCCACCUAUGGUACACCCGUUGUUUGUAGCUGCCCUUACCCAUGUCAUUGGAGUAGAGGUCAUCUAUAGUUGAGGAGGCUUGAAGUGUUCCCCCACCCCUUCACCUGGGAAAGUUCAUGGCUUAGUUUAUUGCUGACCAGCCUAAUCCUUUGCACGUCUUCUCAGCAAUAAGCCAUGUUGGUCAGUAGCCAUAGAAUAAUGGUUGCAUCAAUAACAGUUUGAAUUCCCUGCUUGAAUUUUUGGUGGUGUGGAAUAUGCUAGUGAUGCAGUUUUCACAAAUUAGGUGAGCAACUGAAACACACUGUAGAACAAUGAGUGUGGAACCCUUUUCAGCCCAAAGGCCACAUUUCCUAAUGUGGAUCUUCCGGAGGCUGCAUGUUGUUGGUGGGCAGGACUAGAAGUGAAAGUUUGUGGAGCAGUGGAUGUCUCUCUUGCCUUUGUACCAUAGGCUACAUUCCAGCCAUACAAAAGUCAGAGGUUUCUGUACAUACCACGCCUCACCAUUAUCCAUCCAAACAGUCAAGUAACAUUAUCACAUGGAUCAAUUUUAUCCAGCCAAAACCUAUUAAGAAGGGCAUGGAGCAGGCCCAGUGAGGGGUGUAGUCUGGCAUUGCCUAGGACACCUUCCAAGGACCAGAUGGAGAGGCCUGGAGGUUUGCAUUCAGUCCCCAGGCCUGAGCUUUCUUUCUCUUCUGUAAUAUAUUUGCCAACUAGUUGGACUAGCAUUAGGCCAUACAAAGUGGCUUCAGUCUGUAGAAUUGAAUCAAAAUCUCUCACUAAUAACCUAGGGGGUAAACUAGGUUUCCUUUUUGAGGUUGCACCUCAAAAUCCGGUCGCAAUCACUGCACAACCAAAGGAGUCAUAGAUCACGCAUGUAAACAGCCCCCAAUGGCAUUGUUUCACCUAUUUGCAGAAAGUGUAUGUGCCUGUGUGACCCACAAGAGCAAGACUAAUCUGCUACUCACAUAGUAUUGUUACUAGCUUUGGGCAAGUGACUUACAGGCUUAGAGGUGGUGUAGGGUUAAGAAGAAUCCUACAGUUUAUAUUGCCAAAUCACCAACUUCUCUGUUUGGUUGUCUCCCUCUCCUGCCUAUAAUGAACUCACUGGCUGGUGAUAGUGGUGAUCUUUAUUGGUCUUUAUUAUUGCAAAUUAGAAAUAAGUGAAUUGGUAUAGUUUGAUUUUCUCAUUAGUAAGACAUUUGCUUCGGUUAGACUGGGGCAUGCUGUAUUUGCGAAACAUGACCAGAAAACAGAUAGACUCAUUUUUAAAAAGCUGGUUAAAGAACAUAAAUAGCACUUUUGAGAUGCAGAAGUUGCUGAAGGCAUGUUCUCCUCACUGCCUGUUUAUUAGUGACGGUUGAAACAUGCUGCACAUGUGCACACUGCACCUUUUUAUGUCCGAAAGAUGCCUGCUCUUAGAGCAGCUCUGUUAAUUUAUGGGCUUGAGUUAAUAUUUACCAUCCACAGAAAUGUGUGUACUAAAAUGUCAGAAUGGUGGCAUGAGUGCCCCUUCCCAGAACACGUUCCUGGAGUCAAACUGGCAUUGUGGCUUUGCAAAACAUGAAUCUGAGAAUGAAUAACCAUUCUGUCAUUCUUCAUUUAAAUGUGCAUGCUUUUUUGAAACUUGCUGAUAUCCAAACAUAACACAUAAAGUAACAGUUAAUCAAUCCUUGACCAAGUCAGUCAUUAGCUUGUUGACUUAAGUUCCUGUGAUACCCAGCUUACCGUGAUAGGAUUUUUUCCAUUGGAAGGAAAUAUUAGUUUUAAUCUAGUCCACACUACUCACUCACUAUAAAUUAUAUAACCAUUUAUACAAUGUGGGAAAGCUUUUGCCCCUUAUCAUUUCCCUUGUCUAUCAUUUAUUGCAUCAGUUCUAAUAUUGAAGGUGCAUAAUGCCUUGGAUGCUUGAAUAGCUGAAACCAGCUUCCACGGUUGUAGCUCUCUGUAGCAGGGGUUGUAUUGUUUAUUGUAGAAAAACAAGCUGCAAGAAUGAACAUUGUGGAGUCAUGGCAUAUUAAAGGGGCAUGGGAGUGUGCCUUGAGUACAUUGUAAGCCUCAAAAUUAUACAGCUUAUAAAAAUGGCACCUGUUGAACUAAUAACUUGAAAGUUGGGAUAUAGGAGCUACCUGAUGGAGUCUACCAAUGUGCCAAAUGUUGACCUGCUCCAUGUUUCCUAGCACUGUUGUGAUUGAUGGUGCCAAAAAAUAAUUGUUAAAGCAAGUUUAAAGAGGCAACAACAAAAAGUGCAACUUUGCAUAGUGAAGAUGAUUUGCAUGCAGAAAUGGGUUGUUUAAUCAUUUACAUUUCAAUGCAUUUGUUGGCCAGUUGCUCUCCUCACUCCCAAAGGCUCCCUCAGAAUUUACAUAAAGUAUAAAGUUAGACAGUUGAGCUCACUGAUCUUAGCCCCACACUUGUUUUUUUUCUGUUGCAAGUCGAUGUUGGAAACGGACAGUUUAAAUAAAGAAGAGCUGUUCUGGAUGAAGAUCUUCAGCUCCUCGAGAGAGGGAGGGACAUCCAGCUCUUCCAAGACAAGCAGAGUCUGGAUGCUGUCAAUUGCUGUGUCGAAGGCCAUGUUUUCCCAUGAGUACAGUUAUCGGUAGUACUCUGCCCAUCACUUCAUCUGCUUGCUGCAGUCUGCCAUGGUCUCUCCAGACAAAGUUUUCAGCAGUGAAGUUUUUCCAACUGUUGUUCCAAAGGCUUUCUUCAUGCCUUUGGACAUUUUACCCCACAGGUACUAGAAAUCUUGUCAGUUGGAUGAACAUUGGUUACUGCAGUUAUCCAAUUUUAAUUGGUAACUUAGUAUUUGAGGAAUUAAACCUUUGUCUAAAUAUUUUCAUUUGUGUAUUAGUUUCCAGUGAUUAGCACACACACAUGUAAACUGACCAAUUUUUGUUCAGGCAAGCACUUUUGUGAAUCUCUUAAACAGAUUAAUAUUUUCAAUUUGUGAGUACCAGGAUGAGGAAUAGCCUAGGAUUUUCUUAGUGCUGCAUUUAAGCCGAUUGAGCUGUGAGACUAUUACUCUGCUCUGGGUUCCUCGUGAGGAAAGAAAUAAAACCUGUUACGAGGGUAUAGUGAGGACCACACACGAGCUAACUUCCUUAUGAUUAGGAAAUGUGAGAGGUCAGAGUUUUUGUUUUUUUAUUUGUGGUGAAUAUCCAGGCCUCUUAGGGUUGUUGGGAGAAGAGGAUCCUGUUCAAAUCACUAUAGCUGCCCUUUCCUACCAAUUAUUAUUUGGCUGCUGGCUAUAGCAGGGCAGCUAUAGCCAGCAAUGACAGAUGAACCCAUGAUAUUUGCGAAAGAAUAAGUGCUCAUUACAGGGAGAGAAUAAGCGCUCAUUACAGGCGGAAAGCAAUAGCAUGUGGCAUCACGUGGUAGUUGCUUCAUAAUUAUCACUCUAGUGCCGAUUGCUGAGGCACCUCCCUUAGGUUGCCCUGUAAUUCUAGUGCCGUGGAUUUACAGCAUCCUUUUCUGUGAAUAUUGCUCUGGGCCCUCAGCAGAACUUUUUGCUGAACAUCCUUUUUAUUUUUUGGUCUCUGCAUGUAUUUCCGUGUUGUUUUUAUUAUUUUUUCCCUGGCCUUUUGGAGUUUCACAAAGCCAAACUUUCUGGCUUUUUCAAGGAAGAACUGCUACUGCUGAGAGACGCUUAAAGCUAGUUGUCUUUUUAGAUGUUGGAAGGAACAGUUGGCCUGUGUUGGCAGAAUGAAACAGGACUUCUAGCUCUGUGGCCUGAUGAGAAUUUCAGAUUUGAUGAUCCUCUUUCUCCCUUGCUUCCAAACCUUCUGGUGUGUCUAAUCCACCAGUGGGCAUUCUCAAAAGCUAUUCCUGAGGUUCUGCUUGGCUUUGCUGUUUGGGUUUGUAGGGUGUGUGUGUUGGGGGGGGGGAAUUUGCAACUACAGGCAUCCCACUUACACGUGAUCGACUUGCGUGUGACCGCGUAUAUGCGUGGAGCCAGGAAAUAAUGAAAAAAUUCCAUUCAAAUCAGGAAAUGGUAUGAGGAGAGCUGGAGAGUCCUUGUAGCUCAUGAGGAGACUCUCCCCGAAGCCAGAAGAGGACAUCAGUGAGGGUGGAGGAAGCCCUGAAGAAACCAGAGGAGCAGUGAGGCUUUGUUUACACUGUUCAACCUCCCUGUCUAACAGCUGGUAUACGAGGUAGCGCAGCAGCAGCUGCUCUCCUGCCGGCCCCAGAGCUUCAAUUCUAGUUGUGGAUAUUUUUGGAUACAGAAUUUUUGGUAUGGCAAAAAAAGAAAAAAGAAAAGUGGCAGAGAGGGCAUUUAAAAGGUGUUUAGGAGGUGCUCCCUGCUUUACAUGAUUUCACUCAUGUGCGUAGGGCCCUGCAAUGUAACCCCCCAUGUAAGUGGGGGGAGGUCUCAUCUUUAAAAAUGCUCCAGAAACGCUGGCCUUGGGUUCAGGGUCAGGUAUCUGAGUUAUUGUAAAAGGGCUCAGAUGCCAGACCAUUAGGGGGAUGGUUUGCUGCUAGCAGACAGCCAUUGUGGCUGUGCUAGCUUAAAGAUGUUUCACACAGAUGGUGUUUAGUAAAAGGUAAUCUCUCACAGUAAAGAAGAAGUGAAAUUGGUAAAGUCCAUGUGUGGUUCCUCCCCACCCUUUUUUGUCUUCACUCUCACCUUUAAGUAUCAGUGCUAAAGCAGGCUCCCAAUUUCCUCUGGCUUACUUGAAGUGGUUCUUACGGUUGUGUUGGGGAGGGUGGGGCAUAUGUUGGCUUCCUUCCUUUCUGUGUUCACAGAUAGCUUUUAAACAAAAAAUAACACCCCCCCCAAACAGUUUGGUGCCAAAUGAUUGCUGCCAUGCGGUAUCUUUUCUGGAAGGGCAUUUGUGAUCUUUGGCACUGCGACUGUGUUGGUCUGCUUUGUUUAGGGCAGUUGUUUUCUAACUUUUUUCUCUGGGUCGCACUUUCAGAAUAAUUUUUUUAAUUGAUAGAAAUGAAAUGGAAAACAAAAAGAAGCACCUCCUAGCAGUGCUUGUUUUGUAACAGAACACAACUGCAGCUCCAUGUUGAAGUAGAUGUCCGAAAGAGUCCCUUCCAACUCUACAAUUCUGUGAUUCUGUAAAACUUUAUAACAAGCAUAGGCAAACUCGGCCCUCCAAAUGUUUUGGGACUACAAUUCCCAUCAUCCUUGACCACUGGUCCUGUUAGCUAGGGAUGAUGGGAGUUGUAGUCCCAAAACAUCUGGAGGCCCGAGUUUGCCUAUGCCUCCUUUAUAAUAUGGUCAUGGGAUAGUCAGAAAGUAAAAAACAAUGCAGCUACAUAAGAACAUGAAUCAUUCUCAAAAUACAAUAUUGAUUGUUCUUGAAUCUUCCCACCACAAUUGCUAUUUUCUCCUGCCACACCCUUUGAGAACCACUGGUUUUGGGACACAUUACCUGGGUACAUGCUUAUGUGUUUGGUGUUAUGCAAGAGUAGCUUCUUCAGCUCAUGUGGCAAGUUUGUCUGUAUCAUGUUUCGAGAGUGCUAUAUGGGGUUUAAUGUUUUUUAUAUUCUAGGUUGCUUUGGGGCACUGUCCUGUGUAUGAAAAAAGGUUAAUAAACAUAAAUAGAUAAAUAAGCAAUAUAUUUAGCUGUACUUAGCAUGUGGUUGCUAGUGUACUCUAUGCAAGUGGGAAACUUCUGUCUCCGACAUAGAUGCUGUUCAGUGCUAGAAAUAGCCAGUAAGUCUUGUAUGUGGACCUUUUGGACCACAGCUCAGCCAUUUCUGUUUUCUGAAGCUUAAAAUAACCACAACCCCACAGGAUUAUGUCAGCAUUAUGAUUGCCACAGGUCAGGAAGGCUGCUAUUGUCGGAUCUCUGGUCAAGUACAUAACACAGGCAGAGUUCCUCCACCCUCAUAUUUUGAGGUUACAAAGUCAUAUGUUGGGAGAGUGCCCACAGACACUCAACAGUCCAGGUGGUUCUUUUCUUUACUAUUGCCAUGGAAGUCAGGCCUUUUCAGUGUGCCUCCUAGGUAUGGAAGCAAGUGACUAAUCUUGGAGUGCUUUUACAUUGUCUUCUACAAUUUCCACAGAACAAACCUGAGGUAAACUUUCAGAGAGCAAAACUUGUGAAGCAAAGAUUUAUUCUCUUUAGUACUGUUUCUAUAUGACUGGUGGAUGAUCCGUCUCCCUGCCCCCUUUUUUUGCUCUGUUGCUUGUGCUUGCACUUUUAUUUCCUCUUCCUUUCUUUUAUUUUUUAUUUUUAAAUCCAUUACAAUCCACUCCUUCCCUUUUUCCUUUUUACAUUUGUCUUCCUUCUCAAGUUCUUGCUUAUGUAUUUCUGAUAUGCCAAGUUUGAUUCUUAGGCUGAUUCUUGAGUGUUCCAUUUCUACCUCCUGUGAUGGUGCAGUGUGUGUUUCAAGGAAUCACAGAAUUGAAAGGGACUGUGAAGGUCAUAGAGUCUAGCCCAGUGUGGGGCUCAAAUACAUGACCCUGAGAUUAAGAGUUUCAUGUUCUACCAACUAUGUUGCAGGAGUGACUAGAUAUCCCAGUGUGAGUGUGUCUUCAUUAGUCUGGCACAGAUUCUGGGGGAAGGGGUGUUCUGAAAGCUAUCCUACUCCAUAUCCCCUCCCCACCUCAUCUCCUGUUAAAUUUGAUAAGAUACAUGGGCUUGUACCAUGCCCAUAUUUUCCCCCAGUGGGGCAAUUUAGGAUGGAAAAUGGGCAGGAAAGAAAGCACCCCUUCCUCUAGAACUGCUAUUCUGACCUAAUUUACAGGCCUAACAGCUGUGUAUUAAAAUGUUACAAAAGGGUGGGGGCUUUAUGGGGACAUGAGUCCUUCCAGAAGAUGGGUUUUGGGGUUUUUUGAGGCUUUGUGUUAUGAUUAUGAGCAAAGAGUACUAUUGGAAAACUCAUGGACUUUAGAAUAUGUGGUUUUAAUGCUUUAAUAAUCUUUCAGGUGGUGCAUUUGCAUGUGGUGUUUAUGAACUGUAUCACGAUUAAACUGCUUAAAUCAGUAUAUGAGAUUUUAAAACCUUAAUAAACACCAGUCAAACAAUAAUCAAAUGUUAUCACAGCAGAUUCCAAAUCACAAUAAAAAUGUAGAACAAAAAGGGUAUCCCUUAAGGUGGAACAGGUACCGUAUUUUUCGCACCAUAGGACGCACCGGACAAUAGGACGCACUUUGUUUUAGAGGGGGGAGAACAAGAAAAAUUUUUUUUCCCCUCUCUGCCCAGCGCCCCUUCAGUGAAGCAGCAGGAGGCGCUGCACAGAGAGGGGGAGAACUUUCCCCCUCUUGUUUUCCCGCUCUAAAACAAGGUGCCGUUUAAGGUGCGUUCAGGCGGCUACCUUGGAGCCUGGAGAGCGAGAGGGUCGGUGUGCACUGACCCCUCUCGCUCUCCAGGCUUCAGGUUCCUUCGACCUGCUCUUUGGGGCUGGCGGGGAAGCCCACCACCAGCCUCAAAGAGCAGGUCAGGGAGCAGCGGAAAGGCGCAGCGGAGAGGCUCCUGCCAUUGCCGCGCGUCACCUCUGCAGCCGGGAGAGGGUCGCAGGGCUAUGGCUUCUUUAGCCCGCGCGCGCUCUCCCGGCUGGGGAGGUGACGCGUGGCUAUAGAGGCUCCUGCCAUAGCCACGCGUCACCUCUCCAGCCGGGAGAGGAUCGCGGGGCUAUGGCCUCUUUAGCCCCGCGCGCGCUCUCCCGGCUGCAGAGGUGACGCGGGGCUGUAGAGACUCCUGCCAUAGCCGCGUCACCUCUCCAGCCGGGAGAGGGUCGCGGGGGCUAAGAAGCCAUAGCCCUGUGACCCUCUCCCGGCUAGAGAGGUGACGCGUGGCUAUGGCAGGAGCCUCUAUAGCCGCAUGUCACCUCCCCAGCCGGGAGAGGGUCGCGGGGGGCUUCAUUUUUGAAGGGGAAAAAGUGCGUCCUAUAGAGCGAAAAAUACGGUAUUUUUUAAUUAGGCCUGUCACUUGAUUAAAUUUUAGUGGAUGAUGCAUCCACCUUCUUACCAACUGAUUAAAUAUAUAUGAUUAACAACAGCAAUUGAGGUGACCUUUUCAGAUCCUAAGUAUGGUGUGAAUUUUCAUUUCUAGUAGGAAAGGCCCUCUAUAGCGGCACAGAACAUUAAAUACCGUGUGUAGAAGUCUGUUUCCACCUGUGUGUGUUCAUUUCUAAUGUUUGUUAUGUGGAAGUUGGCAUGUUGUAUCUUUGCUUUUCCACUGCAGUCCUGAAUUCACUGAUAAUUUGGUGUGGGUGAAUUUUCCUUGUAUUUGGAACAUUAACAUUGUGGUCACAUGGGAUGCAGCUUGGGAUGAUGUCAGAUAUCCACCUAAACAAUCACCGGUGCAUCUGAGUGACUUUAAACUGUUAAUAUGCAGUAUUCUGUAGUUGUCCUUGGCAGAACUGACAUGAAGAAAUCUGUUGCUCUGGGAGUGCCUUUGUACUUUACAUAGCUAAUCACAUGUGGUCUUCCAGACUUUUCCUUUGGACCUUCUCAAGUUAUGCUGUCUACUGCAGUGUUUGGAAUCACUCCAUUGUAUGACAUUGUGUAUUGUCCUCCCACCCACCCCCAAUACUGCAGCCAAUGAUGUGAGGGAAGACUCACAACAUGAUGAUUGGCAAGUGAUUCUCUAGGGGUGCUAUUUGCAGCAUUUUGUGUAGUUCUGCCUUUCAACAGGAAUAGAAAACUAUUCUAAUAGUAGUAAUAAAAAGUCUGAUGCUGCCCUUAUGAAGAGUUAGAGUUAGAUUCAGGUUUAGCCAAGACAAUGGUUGACUUUGAGCAAAUUUUCUUUAGCCUCAGUUUUCCACCUCCGAAUUAGGUUAAAGAGCUAUGCUGCACACAAAAAUGGAUGAAAGACUUCAGUCAUAUACAAAGUAUACCAACUUUUCUGGCUAUGAAAAAUAGAAGUCUGUCCUUUUUAUCAUUUGUUGUGAUUAUGCAUACAGCAAGCUGGCUGACCUCUGCAGUAUCCAAGCACAGGAAGACCCAUUAAAGGUGAAUGUAUUCCUGUCAAGUUUUGCUGGUGCUUCUUGGCUCACACUGUUAAUUUCUUGAGAUUUUUGUAACCUCAUGUUACAUAUAAAACCUUGGAUGCUGUUCUGUGCCCUCCAGAUCUUGAACUCCUCUGCAGUGGCAGGUCAGAUUUGGAAAUUCAGAUUUUUGACUUGGGAGGUAAUUAGCAAAAGCUAAUAUCGGCUUCAGUCCCUUAACGCACUGAUAGAAAAGCAUCCAGGAAUGACUCCUGGACCUCAGAGAUAAGCUGCCAGCUGCCACAGAGACUAUAAAAGGGUGGUUCAAAGUCAAGCACAAACAGCUGACUUUUAAAAAUGAUUCUUGGUUUGUUGCUGUUGGUGACAGGAAGUCAUGUUCCCCAAGCUGUCAGCUUCCUGCUUUUAUUUUUUCCAUUCCAUCCACAGCAGAUCAGAGUCUUUGUCAUAAGACAGCUGUCUCCUCCGGCAGAGCUGUUCACCAUCUGACCUAGGAAGGGGUCCACCCUUUUCCUUCAAAGAAAGGAGCAAAUGAAUUUCAGUGUACUCUAUUUUCACUAGUUGGAUAUCUUUUUAAUGCUUGUUUUUGUUCUCCACUAGAGCUUAAAUUUCUCAGAGAAAUACUCUCUUGAGAAUGAAUGACUUAGGCAUAUAGGCACUACAAAUGGACUUUAUAUUUGCUAGAAACAGGAUUGUAUUUUUUUUGUAAUAAAGUGGAAAGGAGAUAGUGAUGAGCAGAAUAUUCUUAUUGGAAUGUGUGUAUUUGACAUUUUUAUACUGGAAUGCUGUAAAAUUGGGGGGGGAUGCUUUCUUCAAGUGUCAGGUUAGCAUAACUGCAGAUUCUUUGAUAGUAUAACUUUUGGGAGAGCAGAUCAGCACGAUUCCCUGUCGAACCCUUUCAAAGCUUGUACUUUAAUUCCUAGAGCUGCAGUCUUCGUUUGUCAAGCUAUCAGCUGCUGUAUGCCUUUGUAAAACUACUAGUGUGCACGUAUAUCUAAAACCAUAGCUGCUUUAGUGGGAGAACCUUCCAACACAAGGGACUUGGUGGGGGGGUGAUGCAGACCUCAGACUGAGAAGCAUUUGUUAGCAAGCUUCCUGGUCAGUUAAAAGUGCUUCCUGUUUUGUCCUGAGAGCCCAACUUGUCUGGUGUGAUGGAAAAUGUUUAACCCCUUCCCAACUGGACUUGGGUUGGUGUUUGUUCUCUACACCCCUCCUGUUAGCCUUUAAUAGUUUUGGCUAAAUGUUUAGCAGUAUUUGAAAGAAGUUGGCUAGAUAGAUUGGAACACAUGGUUUGUGGGACAGAUCACAGCAGCCCAGAGUGGGAAGCAUCAUACAGUGGCUGGCCCCAGCUUCUCUGUAGCAAGCCUUAAAACUGCAGGGUUUUUUAUUUUAAAAGCCUAGUUCUGACAGGUGUGUGUGUGUGUGUGUGUGUGUGUGUGUGUGUGUGUGUAGAGGGGGAGAUGAAAGCAGUGAUUUAGAUAAAGCUGAUUUCUGAGCAGGGAAACGAAUGUUGUGCUGCUGGUGAUGCCAGCAUCUGCGGCUGAGUAAUCCUUUUCCUGUUUGCGGGAUUUUUUUUCUCUUUUCAGAACGCCGCCUGAAGCUGGUCCACCAUGCCAUUAGUAACAAGGAACAUCGAGCCAAGGCACCUGUGCCGUCAGACAUUGCCUAGUGUUCGGAAUGAGCUGGAAUGCGUGACCAACAUCACCCUGGCAAAUGUCAUUCGACAGCUGGGCAGCCUGAGUGAGUACCAUGGCCAGCCUGCCUGCUGCCCUCAGGAGCUGCUAGGCUCUUGAUUCAGCUGCCUUCUCUCUCUUCUUGUGUUCCUAUUUCUCCCCCAUCUGUCUUCCAUGGGUAGUGCUAAAAGAUCUUCCUAUGAAACCUCCUUGAACCUUCUCUCUCCUCCUUGAAUUUCUCCCUCCUCUACUCAACCAGUUUGCGUUGGAGAGGGAUGAGCAAGGGAUGACUGCAGCUGAAGCACAGCUGGAAGGAAUACAAGACAGGCAGCCUCCAUACAGAAGUGCUGGGCUAAGAACCUUCAAUAUGUUGAGCACAUUAUCAAGCGUCCCUCCCAUUUGUUUUCAGUAUUUAGUGUGCUAGUAUUCCUUUUUAUCAGAUUCCUGUCAUGAUGCAGAUGCAGCUACUUACUGAUUUGAAGAUUAUGCAUGUACCACAUUGUAUACUGAAAUUCCUUCAUGGAGACUAUAUGAACCAUCACUCUAUUUGGUUUCUUCAUGCUGUUUAUUUCUGCGGAUGAUGAAUAUGUUUUGGCUUUUAUUUAGCUGGCUUUGUAAAAGGGCAGGAUUACUACAUGGGCAAAGAUUUAAAAAGAGAGAAAUCGGCCACUUGGGUCUUUGUUACUCUUUUAAAAUCAUGAUGGGAUUGGAGUUGCAUUAACUCUAUUUCUCUAGACUUUUGACUUUCUAAAAUGCUUGCAAAGGGGUCCUCAUAUACUCUGUGAGGUAGAUACUCAUUAGAGAGUGCCUGUAUAAAGCUAUGUAGGGUUAAGGUUGAAUAGCUGUGUGAAUUGAUUUAAAUAAAGUUGUUUUUUAAUGCACAUAUUUCCUGAGCAAGCAUACCUGGUUGCAAUUAAACAAUUAAAACAACUGAUUUGCAACUUUUAGAGCUUUUUACAAGCAAAGAGCAAAAUCAAAAGCCUUUUGGUCAUGAAGAUAUAGGUCUUUUGUUUGGUUUUCUCCAGGUACAUGCAAGGAUACUAAGCAUGAACAAAAUGGAUCACAUAUGAGUAAACAUCCAUAAAAUCAGCCUUUAAGUAUCCAUAUCUUUGUAGAAGCAAGGGCUAAUGCAAUAUGUAUGCGGAUGAGCUAGAAUCCUCCUCUUGUUAGGUGUCAUCUGAGCCUGCCUGUAUCUGGGCUGCUGCUUUUUUCCUUUCCAGCAUAAGAGAGACUGUUCAAGGAGGUUGGUUUGUGGGCUGCAUACCACUUUCUUUUAUGUGGUUCCUUGUGGAGUUGCAAAACGUAGUGCGUCUGUUUCAACUGGGCCAGCAUACCAUGGCUGGAAAGCAAUACAGCAAGCCCUCAACGUACGCAGGGGUUACAUUCCAGGGCUUGUGUCUAAAGCCAAAAUCAUGUAUAGACAAAACACAUUAGGUGCAAUGGCAGGUGGGAUUAAUAAGAAGGAUAUUGACAUGCUGGAAUGCGUGAGGAGGAGGGCGACCAAGGUGCUAACUGGUCUGGAAGCCAUUAUGAGGAACAGUUUAGCUUGGAAAAGAGGAAACUAAGAGGAGAUAGCCAUCUUAAAAUAUCUAUAGUGCUGUCACAUGGAAGAUGGAGCAAGCUUGUUUUCUCCUUCUCUAGAGGGUAGGACUCAAACCAGUGAAUUCAAGUUACAAAAAAGGAGAUUGUGACUAAGCACCAGGAAGAACUUUCUGACAGUAAGAGCUGUUUCACGGUGGAACGGACUCCCUCGGGAGGUUGUGGGCUCUUCUUCACUGGAGGUUUUUAAGCAGAGGUUGGAUGGCCAUCUGUCAUGGAUGCUCUAGUUGAUAUUCCUGCAUUGCAGGGGGUUGGACCUUUGGGUCACUUCCAACUGUACAAUUCUGUGAUUGCCGAAGUCUUUUAUCCUGGAUGCCUGCCUUUCCUUCCCCUUUUAAUUGUUUUGCCAAGCAUGUGAAGCUGAAUGCACACAAGUUAAAUGUGAGUAAGUUGCAGGCUGCAUCCAUAAAAGGGAUGGCCUAGGAAGUUGGCAGACUCAGAAAUCCCAUCUCUGCCUCCCCAGGGAUAGGCCAGUUCCCUUGGGUGCACAAGCACCAUGAGAAAAUAAAAUGUGUGUCAAAUUCAUUAGCAGGUGUUGCUAUUUAUCAAGGGUAUGUGUGCUAAUAUCAAUGGAAUGGUUAGGGCUGCACCAGAAUAAAGCACAGUUCCCACAGUACAGGGUUUCAAAAGAGCCAUCAGAUAAUACUGUUUGAUAAAGUGUAUAUAGCAGUGCAGCUUUACUAGACGCACAUGCAUAGACUCAGACUGUAUAUCAGUUGCACUGAUAACUUAAUAUGCAAAUGCAUAAUACAAUAUCAAUGCACUUUUCUCUCUUUUCAUGGUGAAACAGCUUGAAAUGUAAGUGUGGCUAUCCAACACUAUAAAUGGACUGGUUCAGUUCCAUGAGAGUGGGAAUAAAUGUCCCUUCAAGCAGGUAUGGGCAGAACAUAGCUCUGUGGUUGAACACAUGGCAUUUAGAAAGUCAAUCACUGGCAUCUCGAUGUCAAGUGAUCAGGUGUUGGGUGGUGGGAGCUAUUUGCCUGAAGCAUUACAUUGCUGCUGCUAAUCAGAGUACAUAGCACAGGGCUAGAAUUUAUUUUGACUUUAUGUAAGGCAGCUGUGGGACGCAGGUGGCGCUAUGGGUAAAACCUCAGUGCCUAGGACUUGCCGAUCGCAUGGUCGGCGGUUCGAAUCCCCGUGGCGGGGUGAGCUCCCGUCUUUCGGUCCCAGCUCCUGCCCAUCUAGCAGUUCGAAAGCACCCCCAAGUGCAAGUAGAUAAAUAGGUACCGCUUUAUAGCGGGAAGGUAAACGGCGUUUCCGUGUGCUGCGCUGGUGCCGGUUCUCCAGAGCAGCUUCGUCACGCUGGCCACGUGACCCGGAAGUGUCUCCGGACAGCGCUGGCCCCCGGGGUUUCCGCAACCAGAGGUGCCUGUUCUGCGCACGUACACAGCGUGAUAGAGUGCUUCUGCGCAUGCGUGAGCGGCGAAACCCGGAAGAAUACUUCCGGGUUUGCUGCUUUCGUAACCUGAAGUUUACGUUACCCGAGGGUACGGUAAGCCGAGGUUCUGCUGUACUCACAAAAAUGGUGAAUUUUUGUACUUGUAGCCUGCCUUUCAGCCCUCUGGGACCUUCAGGGCUACUCACUAGAUUUGACACUGCUUGGGGAUGAGGAUCUCUCUUCUUUAAAUCCUUCCCUGAUUUCCUUUUGUUAUACUUUAAGAUUUACUUAAUCCACUGUGCUUGCAUGAGAAGUUGACCUGCAGAGCUAAACUGAAUACUGAAUGGUUUACUUUGCUUUGUUGGCUUCUUAAAUACACCAAACACUGGUUUAGGCUACUUGGGUACCAGUGGGAACUUCAAGUGUUCUGUAGUUUUGAAUUUCAUCUUUAAAUUUUAAAUUGCUUAACUUCAGGUUUCUUCCUUCAGAAUACUUGUUGUAAGUGUCUAGUCUGGCAGCAACAUUAACAUCUCCCAACUCAAAUUCAGAGGCAUUGUUUUCAACCUUGAAAGCACCUUGCUUUUUUUGUGCUGCCACCUGCAAGUAAUAAAUGACUCUGUGCCUCUGAAAGAGAGCCGAGAGAUGGGGAGUUUCUUUUGGCAGCAUUUAAUGAAGUGAGUCUUUUUGAGCUUUUAGAGGACAAUGAAAUGUAGCUGUCAUUGUGUGUCUAUCCAGUAGACCAUCCUAGAAGCUAAAGAGAUCACAGACCCACAAGAUGAAGGCUAAAUGCAACAAUAUCAUCUGAUUCAUGGCUGCCCUCCUUCUUUAUUACUUUAUGGAAGUCUUUAAGUUUUUUGUUUCGCUUCCUUCCUUGUUUAAUGAUGCUGUGGAAGGGUCAUGUUUAGCUAGAUUGGUUUGUAGACUUUUUCCCUACAUGGUUUUCUUGUUACAAAUGUCCUGAUUAGGAGAGCAAAACGUGACUGUUUCGUCAUUCCCUCCUGAGAUAAGAGGGCUAAAAUAUUUAUGUAUAAAUACUUAGCACACCUAUGCAUGCACAUACAAUUUCUGGCACUCCCCUACCAAUUGACAUGUGGGGUACAUAACAAAACUAUAAUGAAAAAGGAACCUUUGCCAGAUUGCUUUAUGACACACAGAGAGCAAGAAACUGUGCAUUUAGAAUUAUAACAUUCUGCUAUUCUUUUUCAGGUAAAUUUGCUGAAGACAUAUUUGGAGAGCUUUUUACUCAGGCAAACACCUUUGCCUUUCGUGUAAGCUCUCUAGCCGAGAGAGUUGACCGCCUUCAGAUCAAAGUUACUCAGCUGGAUCCCAAGGAGGAGGAAGGUAAUGGUGCAAAAUUGAUACACUUUUAGGCCAACUACGCUAAAUUGCCAUAGCAGCAGCUGUGAAAUGCUUGUGGACUUGGAAUGAACUUGACACCUGCAGACUGUCAGAGUGUGGUCAGCUAACUUGCUUAUUGCCCCAUGGAUGUGUGUGUCACUUGGUAGUAAUGGCAAAAGUGAGGACCUCUUGCUCCCCUGCUCUGCAGAUUUAGGGACACACAUGCAUAAGCCUGAUACAGCAGCAGGCACCUUUUUCUUCUUGCAGCUCCCUCCAAAGAGCUUCUGUCCUCUCCUCUUAAGUUACACUGUUUAGUUGUUCCUGCAGGCUAUGAAAGUUAGCUGCAGGGAUUUUGGAGAAAGCUGAAAUUGGAGUUCAUGAGGCUUAAUGAAGCAAAAAUACAAUCUGUAAGGAUUCUGAGCUUUAUUGGCCUCCAGAGAUUUUUAGAAGGUGGUAGUUUUUGUCAAUAACCAUAAUUCUCAGUUGUAAUAAAUAUGUUCCAAUACUUGGCUAUUUUUUGACUGGUCAUUAGACGAAAGAGGGGUUUUGGUUUUUUAUGGGGGUGGGUGGAGGUGAACUGGUCAAAGGCCAAUUCUACUUGGAAGUUUUUCUGAAUGCAUAUAGAUCUUCUCUUUGAUUAAAGGGGGUUUGUCUUUCCCCCCAUGUUCUGUUUUUAUGUGUAUGUUUCUUUUCUUUUUAAAAAGCGUAAUUUCAGGGGAUGCUGUCUUGAACGCUUUAUUGAUGUGGCAGAAGGAUCCCAUGUUGUGACAGCAGAGAGUAUUGAGAACUAUAACUGGGCAAACAUUGGCUUAGGUUGUGUUUGAAGUGGCUUUAUUUUCCUUAUUCUUUCAUUUCUCUCCUCUUAGUGUCUCUGCAAGGUAUUAACACCAGGAAAGCCUUCAAAAGCUCCACAACUCAGGACCAAAAGCUCUUUGACAGAGACUCUCUCCCCGUGCCUGUCCUUGAAACUUAUGGCGUUUGUAAUAUGCCUCCACCUCUUAAUAUCCUCUCAUCCUACAGGUAAUGCACCUUAUGCUUCUAGCUAAGUGGGGAGACUGCCCAUUCAGUUGAGAAGGUAAUGGACCUGCUCUGAAAAGACUGUGGCGUGGUCCAGCUAGCCCAUAAGAAAACCUGCUGACUCACCAAGGGGCCAGCGGACCUUCCUUACAAAGGCUAAAAUGUCUUGGCCUUUUUAGUUGAGAGAAAAGUUGAUGAGAGUGGAGGGCAAAGACCACACAAUACAGAUUUGUAACAUUAAUGGGGAAACAUUUUCUGCUACAGUACUAGAACACUCAGUUGAAAUUAGGAACUGGUUUUGAAAAAAGAAGAAGCACUACUUCACACAGCAUGCAGUUGACUUCUGCAUCACUCCCACAGUAACUGGUGAUGCCUUCUAGUCUUAGAAAACUGUUAAAAAGCAGUAAACAGAUCUGUGUAAUAUAGGGCCCAUCUGUGGUGGGUAGCCAUGAUAUGUAAAUGAAACUCCCAUGUUCAGAGCCUGCCUAGCCUGAGUGUGCUGGAGGUGUGCUGUGCAUAUGAGACUCUAGAGCCAGCUAGCCAGUCGCUGCUCAACUAAGUGAGUCUUUGCUGCAAUUCAGCAAGAUGGUUCUUAACAUUGCCUGCUCUGCAUUGGAGGGAUGUCUAAUGCCAUGAGCCUGCAGACUGGAUUUCCUUUAGCCAAACGGCUCAAGGGCCAUAUUUCUCCACCCGCGGCAGUAGCAUAAUUUCAUGCUCCUUCUGCACACCCUUGCCAGAUCAAGCAUUUGACGGAACAGCAUGUGCAAGGUGGAGAGUCAGAACAGGAGGGUUGCAUGGUACAUCCCUACCUUGCAAGUGCCCCUUCCAGUGGGAAAUAAGCUGCCCCUGCCAACGGAGGCCUUUUGCUUUCAAACGCAGGAUAUGUCUGUCCAUGAGGUCUACACUGGGCAUGGGGAAGUGCUUACCUAGCAGCUCCCUAUAUUAUUUCCUGAUGUGUUUUCCAAUGUGCUAUGGGGAGAGGCUGCUAUUUAGUGGUAGUGCUCACACUUUCCAUGCAGAAGGAUCCAGGUUCAAUCCCUGGCAUCACUAGGUAGAGCUGGACUCUGGCCUGAAACCACGGAGAACCACUGCCAGUCAGUGUAGACAUUAUGGAGCUAGAUGGCAGGGGUCUUAUGUGGCCUGGAGGCCUCCAUUCAGCUCUCCCUCCUACUGAGGUUAUUUGUAACUUCCCUUUUGGGAAUUUUGAGAAUUGAUGUGCUUUGAAAAACAGUUCGGUGCUUUGUGGUAUAGAUUUGUAGUCAUAGCAGUAAAUAAGUUUCUGUGGUGGCAAGCCUAGCAUAUAACUUUGGUGUUUGUUCAUACAAGCUCUUUUGUGUAAUCUUGCUGUUCCUUUCUUACUCCCUUUGUGCAAUUUGCAGUGCAUACAUUUGCACGUAUUAUUGCCUGAAGUGGGUGCAGUCAGUUCUUCUGAAAAGUGUGAUUGUCUGUUGGUCCUUUUGCAUCUCCAGAGACUGAUACAUCCUAAAGGAGAAUGUGCCAGUGAUACCAGACAGCUUUUCUUUGCUUGCUAUCUAAUUAUGUCAUGUCAUCUUGUGAAGGUAGUACACAUGGUGCAAUCGGAAUGGGAUCAGGGUUAAGAAAACACAUAUUUACUCAGUCCCCAUCAACAAAUAUCUUUUGAAUAGGUAAAAAGUAAUUACUGAUAGCUGGAGGCAGCUGUCUUUGAGAUGCGACUGCACUGCAGUGGAGGUGUGUGGCUGUGAGCUAGUGACUGAGAACCUGUUUCCUCUCCAUGAUCAGGGACUUUGGGGUGUCCCAUCCCCAGACUCUACAGUUUAAACAGGUGUCUUGCUUCUUUCAGGAGCAGCCCGAUGGGCGGAGUAUAAAUAAUAAAUUAUUAUUAUUAUUCCUUCUCAGCCUACUUAUUAGAGCAGAGAAUCUCUGCUCAUCUUAGGGUGGGUGGGAAGAGUAGAGAAAGAAACCCACCUAAUACUUAACACCAGUUUUAAUAUACUUUCAGGUGUGGCCUCUUCCACUUUUCCCCUCCUCUUCCUUGCUUGUCUUAGAAACUUAGAAGCUGUCACCCCAAGUUUGGAGGACUUGCAGCCUCUUAUCAGCCCCACACUUACUGAGCUGCAGCCCAUCUUGUCUGAUUGGACUACUUGUGAGAAAGCAACCAGUUUAGACUCUUUCCCACAUGGGAGUCGUAGUCCAACAACAUCUGAGAGGGCAACAGGUUCUCUAACCCUGAUGAAUACUGUGAAAAAUUGCCUUCUGCACCUGGAAGGCACAGCAGGUGCCCUAGCUAGUGCAGGAUGGGAUGGAAAGAUUCAAUCUUCUUCCACCUGCCCCAGACGGUUUUUAAAAAAGAGGUCGGGGGAUGUUUUCAUUCUUGGACCACAGCGUUUGCAUCUGAAAUUUGGUGCAUCUUAGUUGGGCUUUAGGUAAACAUUUGACUAUCUUGUGGUGAGUCAGUCUCUCUCUCUCUCCCCCACCCCCUCCUAGGGAUGACGGCAAAGAAGCACUUAAAUUCUAUACAGAUCCGUCAUAUUUCUUUGAUCUUUGGAAGGAGAAAAUGCUGCAGGACACGAAGGAUAUCAUGAAAGAGAAGCGGAAGCAUAGGGUAAGAUGAAGGGUAUCUUUUGCUCUUUGUGGGUUUUUUAUCCCUUAAACAGGGAAAGGCAAGAUAUAAGAUAUUGCCACUGUCUGAAUCCAGGCAGCCCUUUUUUGAAGUGGACAUGAACACACAACAGGGUUGGUUCUUUUUAUUUCAGUUUAAGUAGAUAAAGUGGAAUCAAAACUGCAUCAUUGGGUGUUUGUGCUGCGACAAGUCAUGCCAUUUAUUUACCUGUGGAGAUAAAAUUUAGAGGCUCUUCACAAAUUCCAGUGUGGUGUUAACAUCUCUUCAUUGAAUAUAGUGAGAUUUGCAUCAGAGUAAACACAAAUACAUAGGAUUGGACUACAGAAAAAUCUGGCUUUUGUACUUAUUUGUUGUAACUCAUCAAGGCUGUCUUUAACAUUCUGGAAAAUAGUUAAGUGCAUUAGGAACAUUUUCCUUCCUUUCCUCUGCAGUGUGUCAGUUGUGUUGGGAUUGUGCUCAGAUGAAGCUUUCCAAAACUAACCCCUUUUCCCCUGAUCUGAGGCCUGCAAUCCCGGGGGGGGGGGGGGAUAAAGGGGAAGGACUGAAGCCCCACUUAUUUUCCAAAAUGUCCAUGGCAGAGUGGCAGGGCGGGGAGAGAAGGCAAAUGGGCUCCAACACAAUAUGCUAAAAGGUGUUUUCUCUGAACCAAAUUUUCACACUCCCUCUCCUUGAUCUCUUCUGAGGCAAAGGGAGCCAUGCUUCUCUUUUGCUUUGAAAGGGAUUGUGGCUCUCCAGAUUGUGAUUUUAUGGCACGUGCAUGAAGGUAAAGGUAAAGGGACCUCUGAUGGUUAGGUCCAGUCGUGGACAACUCUGGGGUUGCGGCGCUCAUCUCACUUUACUGGCCGAGGGAGCCAGUGUACAGCUUCCAGGUCAUGUGGCCAGCAUGACUAAGCCGCUUCUGGCAAACCAGAGCAGCACACGAAAACGCUGUUUACCUUCCCGCCGGAGUGGUACCUAUUUAUCUACUUGCACUUUGACGUGCUUUUGAACUGCUAGGUUGGCAGGAGCACGUGCAUAGUUGCAGACAAUUCAGUAUAGAAGGAGUUUUUUGAAGGUAAGAAGUGAACACUAUUGGUCUCUUUCACCUGAGUUGCAGGCAGAGCCUUUUGGGAGCUGGGACACAAGGUAUGGCAUACUAGUAGUUUCUCCUAUGUCCUAUGAAGUCUAGGGCGAGGGGCAGCACUUGGUCAUCUUUGUGUCUUUUGUUCAACAUCAUUGCAAGUUAUUGUGGUAACUCAUAAACCUUUUUAUAUAUUUUCUAGAAAGAAAAGAAGGAUAAUCCAAACAGAGGAAAUGUGAACCCUCGGAAAAUCAAAAGCCGGAAGGAAGAAUGGGAGAAAAUGAAAAUGGGACAGGAGUUUGUUGAGUCGAGGGAAAAACUUGGACCAGGAGGGUAAGAGCUUAUUCAGCAAAUGGUCUGCUUGGUUGAUCUGAAUAUGAUCCACAUCUGCUGUUCCUUUGGUUUUACAUUUCAAUGCCACUCUUAUUGUGGCUUUUACAUUCUACCAGUAAUCUAUUUGGUGAUGAGGUUUUAUAACAAGUCCAGGAGUGAAACGUUUGUCAUAAGUUUGCAACUUGCUGCAUGUGUGGGGUGCUUAGGGGAGGUUACUUAAAAUUGGCUGAGAGUCUUUAACGAAGUGUUUUCAGAAUUGGAUUAUCCUUGGGCUGGCUUCAGUGCAAGCACAGCAGAAGUGCAAAAAACAAAAAUGCAAGGAGCUUGAGGUUUCCAUUUCUUGAACAGCAGCCCUGUGUAACAUGGCAGCCCACGUGGAAACUGGAGGGGCUCUCUGGCUGCUUGUGAUCUGGCACAGAGGUGGUCUGUUGCUCAAAGCAAAGUCAAGAUUCGUAUUGAGCAUGACCCACCCAUAGGCAUGCCUGAAGCAGCUUUUCAGAUCCCAGCCCAAGUCAGUUUUCUGUAUCUCUGGUACAGAAGUUCAAGGGCUUGGAAGCUGAUUUCCCCACUUCUCAGAUCUUCUUGAUUUUGAUAGCUGUGUGCAGGAGUCCUGUCUCAUUCUGCUUUCACAAAACCCUCUUCCACUCCCAAAUACUGCAUGUUUAUUGAUUUGCAUAAUUCUGAAAUGGGAUAAAACGAAGAGGAAAAUGAGCAGCUUUGUAAUAGAUGUUAAGUACAUGAUAGUGGGUGCAUGUAACUGCAUGCUAUACAGCCUGAUGGAUCAUCUUAAGGUAAUAGCUGCUGAACUUGCAUACUGGUGCUUGGAGCCAUUGCAAGUGGUAAUAGGGACUGAGGUAGCUGCUCCUGGUAUGACUUACUGGAAUUAAGGUCAGAGCAUGCUCUCCAAGCUGGCCAUUCUUCAUGAGGAACACAGCCAUUUAUAAGAAGAGAAUUCUCCCUGCAGAAUCCAAAUUGAAGGUACUUUCUUCACUCUAACUUGGCCACAAGCUGUGUGUUCCUGUUUGGCCCACUCAUGACUGUAGAGGUGGCACUUCGGACAUGGCGUUCUGGCAUUCAGAACAAUUCCCAGCUGGUUAGCUUGGCAGCAUUCUAGGCGGUAGCUUUCUACCCGGAGAGAUAAGCACACAAGAUGAUUCUGGCUCUUUCUGAUACUCUCUUAACAGAGAAGGGAGGGAUCAGAAAUGGAACCGUUUAGUAGCCUUUCUCCUUUUAGUUGAAUCAGAGAUUUAAUGGAACUGUCCAUUUCAAGGUUGAAUGCCACAGCAGGUGGGGAGAAGAUGGCAGGGACCAGGUUUAAUGGCCACUUCCCCUAUAAAAGAAUGUGGCCUUCUGUUUUAGACCCAUGUAGUAUGAAGCUUCCACCCAUUUUGCAUUUUCCAAGCCUUCCUUUUAGGAAAAGAAACCCUCAUUUUUCUUCCAUACCACUUUCUUGUUUGUGGAUUUUGCUUUUAGCUCUUGCCUUAGUUUCCACGGAAUUUCAUAAUCAUAGUCUGAAGAACACCAUUCCUGCCCUUUAAGUGAGUGGACUGGAAAGCUGUGUGCACUCAGGUUGUGGAUACUUGUUUGUUCCUACUUGCUGUCCCUUUAAAAACAUUAAAAACAUAGCUUGUCUAAAGCUGCUCCUAAAAUUGCAAGCAUUUCUGUUGCAAAAGAGAAGCCUUUGGCUGUGCUGGAAUGGAAGGAUGAUUGGCAAAGGUGUGCCCUUGCCUUGCCUCUUUUCCAGUGUGCCUUCUGCUGGGCCCUGAUCUGAAGGUUAUUAGAAAGGGCUGCCCUCACUAUCACACUUUUCAGAGUCCCUCAACAUGUGCCUGCUAGCCCCUGUUUUCCACACUGAUGUGGUCUAGCAGUGAAUUGUAAAUGUCAAUUAGAUAACUUUAAAGGGUUUUCUUAAUUGUUCAGGCAAGCAGGUGAAGCUUCAGUAACUGUGUAUUUAUGUCCAUCACCUACAGCUGGUACCUGUCGGCUUGGAGACAUAUAGCAAAUUUGUAAAAACAAAUGGAGCCUAUAUCUGAAUCGGGUGCAGCACUACAGACAUAAUGCUGGCCACACAAAUGCGUGUUUGUGAUUUGCCUGAGUUGGUGUGAUCAUGAGCAGGCUCCCAGGACUGCACUUCCCACCUUUGGCAGGAGAAGGUUGUUUGUGUGAAUUAUUCACCAGUGGUUUAUCUUAAAGCAGUUCCUGUACUGGGCACUUCACUAUUUCUAACUGAAUCCAAUCUGUAUAUGGCCUAGAUCACUUUCAAAUGUGCAGGUAGGGACAGUUGGAGCUCCUAAAAAUUGGUGGUCCUUUGGAGAGGACUUCCCAAAUGUUCAGAACACACAUCGCAAAUACAUGUAUGCACAUAUAUUCCUUUCUAGCUCCUCCUGCCUGGAAAAAGUAUGGAAUAUGCAGCCCCACCUCACUCUAUGAAGAUCUGAUGCAAGGAGAGCAAUCUGGGGAGCUGGAGAGUCCCCUCUAUACCAGUGUUAGAAACUGAGAUAUGAAAGCUAGGUGCUAAAUGGCACAUUUAAGAUAGGUUAUGGGUGCAACAACAGAAUGUCUGUUGUUGUUGUUGUCGUUUAGUCGUGUCUGACUCUUCGUGACCCCAUGGACCAGAGCACACCAGGCACUCCUGUCUUCCACUGCCUCCUGCAGUUUGGUCAAACUCACGUUGGUAGUUUCGAGAACACUGUCCAACCGUCUUGUCCUCUGUCGUCCCCUUCUCCUUGUCCCCUCAAUCUUUCCCAGCAUCAGGGUCUUUUCCAGGGAGUCUUCUCUUCUCAUGAUGUGGCCAAAGUAUUGGAGCCUCAGCUUCAGGAUCUGUCCUUCCAGUGAGCACUCAGGGCUGAUUUCCUUCAGAAUGGAUAGGUUUGAUCUUCUUGCAGUCCAUGGGACUCUCAAGAGUCUCCUCCAGCACCGUAAUUCAAAAGCAUCAAUUCUUCGGUGAUCAGCCUUCUUUAUGGUCCAGCUCUCACUUCCAUACAUCACUACUGGGGAAACCAUGGCUUUAACUAUACGGACCUUUGACGGCAAGGUGGUGUCUCUGCUAGACAGAAUGUCUAGGCACGAUUUUUUUUAUAACAAGAAUACAAAGAUGAAAAUGAAUAAACUGCAGCUAAAAUCUUAUGUUCAUUUUUCACAUGGUCUAGUCCUUCUCCCCUCCCGUCUAAUAUUCUUAAGAGGGGCUCUUCUUCAGUCUUCAAAGAGUAGCUGGAAGUGGAGAGGCAGAAAAAGGUCCUCCUUUCCUUCUACUCUGCAGUUUUAAUCUGAAAUCUUAAGCGCAGUACUGUGCCUAGAGCUUAGAAACUGCUCGCGCUAAUGAAAUUCCCUGUCACAAAAUGCACCUAGAACAAUGUGAGUUUCGAACACUGCUGCAUACUAAUCCCAUGCCAGUCUAUUUCACCCACUGUUUCAAUUUUGUGCAAAGGCUGUAAAUUGUUCAUGGCUGAAGAUAUGCAGCAACUUAUUUGCGUAAAGUUAUUGCGGUCAUUAUCCUCUUAAAACAACAGUGCAUACAUGCACACAGUUUAAAAAUACGUUUUCUUCACAACCACAAUUUAAAUAAUUUACUCUAAAAGAAAAUAUGAACUUUUUUUUGUAAAAGGUUUGUGAAAAGUUCCCUGUCUACCCCCUCUCUUCCAAAUAAAAGCUUUAUUUCAGUAUUAUAUGCAAUAUCUCAUUCUAAUGAGUCAAAUUUAUAUGUGGUGGUUUCCUUUUUUAAAGCCAUAAUCUUUAUUGAAAUUUUAACAAUACAUAAUGAAAACAAAAUAGACGAAUAUAAAAUGUUGACUAAGCAAAAGAACCGAACAGUGGGAAUGUGCGUAAACACAGCUCAUAGAACAUGCAGUUGUAACAGUAGGGGACACAACUUGUAUUUUAAUUUUGUUUAAUUAAUAAACUCCAUUCUCUUGCUGCUUCCCGUGUGAUCUCAUAAUGUUCCCCAGCUGCAGCUGCCCUGCCUUGCACACAUUAGCAGGAGAGUCAUUGGGAUUGAAAGUCUUUUGACGGGGGCUGUUCUCUGACUCUUCAUGGGCACACAGCACCACUCUGGUACUGAAAAUGGUAGCCUCUUACUAGACUUUCAGUCCAAAUGAGCUGGCAAGAUGCUACAGUUUUCAGUACCAGAGUGGUUCUGAUCUUCAUGGCAUUGUUUGUAUUUCUUCCUGACUUGAAUGUUCUGGAAGUAUUAUUUACUUGGGGUCCAUUGAAGCCUUGGAAGGGAAGGGUUUUUUUAUCUGAUGUAGUCCAUCUUGUCCAUUUGCUGAUUUUUAGAUACCCGUCUAAUAUGGUCUAUCAGAAUGGUAGCAUUGGUUCCAAUGAGAGUGUUGAUGCCAACUACUACCCCCCGCCUCCGCAGCCAGAUUCACCACCGCCUCCUUUGUUCACAGAGGACAGUCUUCCACCACCACCAAUGGAAUUUAGGUAAGCACCACUGAAAGACUACAAUCAAUGGAAUGAAAGAAGCAAGCUGUUUUGCUUUUCCAUAAAACAAGUGUUUCCAAUAAGACCACAGUGAGCCUGUCAUAUAAACCCCAUCCAUGAAGCUUGUAGUGGUAGCUUGGGAGGAGAAGUGCCCAUUAUUGUUUUUUAAGCAAUCCACAAAACACCUCACAAACAAGGGUGCUGCCUCGUGGUUUCUUGCCAGAUACUGCUUAGGGUUGUGUUGCGCAGCACAUUUACCCUUCAUGGAGAGAUCAGAUUUCCUCCAUGUUAGACUGCUAUGCGCAGCCCAAGUGUCUUGCCAUGAUUGCCCAUGACUGUCAGCCACUGUGAAUCCAAUUGGUGAGGAAAGCUGUAGUUACUCUCCAGACUGGGGAAGCGUUUUACUAAGAGGGAAAGUAUACUACUACUUAGGGGAGGUAUGUGGAGGAGGGGGGGAGUUUAGGUGAGAAUUCACAUACAGUGGUACCUCGUCUAGUGUCUGCCUCGUCGAGUGUCCGCGGCAAACCCAGAAGUACCGGAAUGGGUUACUUCCAGGUUUGCCACUCGUGCAUGCGCAGAAGUGCAAACUGCUCUGCGCACGUGCGCAAACGCAGCACUUUGUCCAGCGUCCUUUUCUGCCCAGCAACCCGGGCUCCGGAACAGAUCCCGGUCGCAAAACGAGAUACAGUACUGUAUUACUUUUCGUUACCACGAGGGCUUCAAACUUUAACUUACCUGAAAAUCGAUGUCUCUGUCAUCCUGACAUUCCUAUGCAAUUUUGUGUUAAUGUUCCAUAUUCCUAAAUCAAGUUCCGAUAGGUUUCCUUCCCUCUUCAGGGUUGCUUUAAGAGUGGUUCCUGUAGCUGGAAAAUGCUAUUGUGGAAUGAUGGGAUUCCAAGGUACCAGCAUUUUCUGGAGCUGGAUUUAAAACAAACAAACAAACAAACACACACCCUGGCAACAAGAAUUUUUAAUCUUUUGAGCAAGCUGUGCUCAAAUACUUUCACAUGUGUGCAUGUGUUGGAAUACUUUCCAAAGUCAGCCGUUGGAUGCUAAACAGAAUAUUGGAACAUAACCCCCAAACUCCUGGAUCUCUUAGCCAAGAGUGAUCUAAUAAAUGAAGCAAGUUACUAUCAGGAAAACCUGAGAAAUAGUGCUUACCCUUUUCCAGUUUAUUAUAUUUGCAAAACUCAUGGGACAUUUUCCCCCCUGUCUCCCUCCCAAAUCUCUACUUUCAACAGCUAUCCAGCACAAAACCAGAGUGGUUCCGGAGGGCUGAGAAAACCCAGCCUGGUCAGCCCAAGCCACCCUCCACCAGCUCCACCUAUUGGCUCGCCACAGGGUGCCAGGCCAGGAUUUGCACCACCUCCUGCACCGCCGCCACCACCGCCGAUGAUUGGUGUUCCUCCACCGCCUCCACUGUCAGGCUUUCCAACUGCAGGCAUCCCACCUCCACCAUCUCCACCCUCAUUCCCACCUCACCCCGAUUUUGCUGCCCCUCCUCCUCCACCACCUCCAGCAGCAGAAUACGCUGCUGUGCCUCCACCCCUGGUACCCCCGCCAACAGGAGGUGCACCGCCCCCUCCUCCGCCCCCACCCCCUCCUGGCCCACCUCCAUCGUCUUUUGGCGGCAUGGAUGGGCCAGAAACCCAUCUUCCACAACCAGAUUCGGGAUCAUCCAAGGCCAAGUCCUCAUUGCCUGCUGUUAGUGAGGCUAGGAGCGACUUGCUUUCUGCUAUCCGUCAAGGUAAGUCUCUUCUCAUUUUGCAUAUCCUAAGUUUUAAUGCCUGAAACAAGACCAAUGGAUUGAGAACUUGGAGUCCUCCAGGUGUUUUAGAGCGCCCAUCAGCCUCAGCCAGCAUGCCUAGUGGUCAGGGAUUAUGAGAGUUGUGGUCCUGCAAUGUCUGGACUAGACAUUUCACGUGUGUGUGUAUUUUGGUGGGUCUUACUGGAGCUGCUAGAUGCCUAGUCAUUUAGCAAAUGUGUACUGGGAAUACUUGCAACAAACGUUCCUUUUUCACUGCAGUGAGGGCAUCCUCUUUGAACCUUUGCAAUUUAGCCUGUUUGUAACUGCCUAUCACGUGUCCUAAGCUGAGAAAGCAGUGAAAGAGCCACACUUUUUUACUCUCGUUUCCUUAUUACUCAUUUGAAUUCUUCACUGCCAGUGAACCAAAUUGGUUCAGACUAUAGCUGUAGCGGAAUAUUAGGACCAGUUGAAACUUUAAAAACUGCAAGUCUAAGUAACUGCUGGUUUUUGUCUUUUCAAAGGCUGAUUGUUGCUGCUUUAUCCCAGUAUGCUUUACUUCAACCUGAGAUCCUUUGCUCUUAACAUAAUUAGUCUUCAAUAAGCUUUCUGCACCACAGUCUUCAGAUGAUCAUGUAUUAGGCCCCUGCUAAGUCCUGCACCAGCAACAUUUGUUUUUUAAAAAAUCAUCUCUCUUGAGAUCUAGCUUGUUUUUGUUUGUUUGUUUUCAGUUGGCCCUAAUAAAGCUAUUUCAUAUUACUCCCAUGUCUGCCCCUCCCCCGACACUGAGCAGCCCUUAUGGGGCAGUCCCACAACAUUACCAAAGACCACUGUUCCUGGAAGGACCACCUCUAACCUUUUCUUUCCUCCCUUGAUAGGAUUCCAGCUCCGUAAAGUAGAAGAGGAGCGUGAACAAGAGAAGCGAGAAGUUGUGGGCAAUGAUGUGGCAACCAUCCUCGCCCGCCGCAUCGCAGUGGAAUACAGCGAUUCCGAGGAUGAUUCUUCAGAGUUUGAUGAGGACGACUGGUCCGAUUAAACACCAGCCCACCAUUUGGGGGUGGGGGGAGUGGGUUUGAGAGAAAACUUAUAUAACUUCUGAGAUUGCCAAAACCAUUUCCCCCUUAUUUUUCUCUCUCAUCCAGUAACCAAAGAUCAAUGUGCCCAACUUCCAAGUAACUACCAGCCUCUUUCCAUUGUUGGGAUUUGUGCCUCCUUCCAGCAAGAAGGAAACUGAAACUAACCCCAGAUCUCCAUAUUCUCAGGGUCCUAAUCAAAAAAAUCUGCUCUCUUGGGGUUGGGAGAUAAUUUCGUAAAAACAAAGCAAAAGAACAUUGCCUGUCCUGUUGUAGUCAGUAUGUGUUGGUUAAAAUGAUGGGCAUCUUGAAGGGCAAUAAAACUUCCAGGCGAUGCUCUUCCGCUUUACAGCUUUACAGUGUGCAUUGGAAAUACUCUGCAAGCAGCCGGUGAUUUGCCUUAUCCAGUCAAAUCGGAUUUGAAUUUCUAUUCCCAACCCAUCCCAUCAACAAUCUCCAGUAUGCUCAAUUCAAAAUGUAAAGCCCAAUGUUCAUGAGAGUUGCACUAUAUACAGAACAGUUACUCUCCCCCCCCCCAAAAAAAACCCUCCUGUUUCGACAGUCUGAGGUGUGACCCAGAGGUCAUAGAUCCUUUUUGCCCAGUUCCAUAUUGCCAAGCUGGUUUCACUAAUGAUAGAAUUAGUACCUGCUACAUGGGCAAUAACUUUCUGCCCUGUUCCCCAAAUAGAAAGCAAUAAGCACUGGGCAUGAUUUUGUUUUGCAGACAAUAUAGCUGCAUCAUCUUGGUCUGUUGGGGGCCAAAAGUGGAGCAGAUUGGUUGCACAUCCGUUUCAAAAUUAUGAGACUCUAACAUCCUAUAUUAGAGGCUGAGCAGCAGCAAUUUCAAGCCAUUGGCCCAAGCUCUCUGUCUCUUCAGGCAUCACAUGGGGACUUUGAGGAUUAAAAAGUUGGUCAUCUCUAUCUGCCUAGUCUGCUUCACUAGCUUGCUUUAAUCCUUCAGCAGUUAGUUCCAAGGUCUAUAGCAGCAGCUUUAGAUCCCCUUACCUCUUUUUAGACAGGUGCCUUUUUACAUUAGCUUUUCUGGGUCAAGAGCUCUGGAUACAUUAGCUUCUCUGGGUCAGUUAGCUCCCUUGGCUAAGAGCUGGUGUGCAGAAGGUCCUUAAAUUUAUCUGGGGAUCCUGGUUACUGGAAUAAUGACAGCCACUCCCAUAAUGAGGGUGCUUGUUCUGGGUGCUAAUUGGGAGCUCUCCUUUUUUUAACCUGUUUGAAAUUCUUUACCUUUCCACAUUCCUCUCCUCCUUUUUCACACUGUGACAUGCCUUGUAACAGCUUUCGUACACCAAAGGAAAGGUGUCAUCUUGUUUCUUUCUGUCUCAUGCUUCCAACCCUUUAUUACAUGUCCUUUUUUUUAAGGGUGUCUGAUGCCAGAGCUUAGUGUUUUGUUUUAGCCAAGGGACCAAAGUAUUAAAAGCAGGCACAAAUUUGUUUCGGACUGAACUCAGAGUCCCAGCGAGGGAGCGGGGAGAAUUUGUAUCUAAACUACACUAUGAGGUUCCUUCAGACAUUCCCUGAUGGAAGGCUGGUGCUUUUUGCUUUUGGUGCAGAGCUGCUUUAAGCAUUAUGUUUCCAUUGUCUUGAUAAAAAGGAGACAAUAGGCUCUUCACUGGUGGCUUAGCACUCAGUGUUAGAACACAGGAUAUUUGUAUCAUAAAAAGGCAGGGGGGAGACAGGGUGCGGCUUUCACAUAGACCAUGCAUCCUGGAAGCUGCUGUGUCUGCUGUGAUUUGGAACACUGAGUUUCUUGUUCAGGCACCAAGAUCAGCAGCUGGCUUAUAAUGUCUGUUGUAUAAUGUGCCUUGCAGUUCUUCCCAGUCUUUGCUCUCAAAAUCUAUGCAACAGAACCUGCAGCUUUGCACUAGCAUAACUAUUUAGAGAUGGCAUUUGUGUGUCUGGUUUUCUGUCUAAGGCAGUGUUAGCCAAACUUGGCCCUCUAGCUGUUUUGGGACUACAACUCCCAUCAUCCCUGACCACUGGUCCUGUUAGCUAGGGAACAAGUAAUACUCUCUGCAAAGCCUAGUGUACACAUUAAGGAUCACUAAAAAUGGGCUGGUUAUUCAUGGACUUUCUACGCCCAUUAUUUUGUAAUCAGGUCAAUGGUAGUUAGCGUGGCAGUCCACCCCACCCCACCCAGUGGCUGGUUGCACACUGUCUAGCAGCUUGAAGUUUGUAAUCGCGUGAACAGAAAUAGGAGUAGUGGCCAUCCUUAAUUGUGCAGAAUAAACGUGAACUUCUCAGCAUGCGCUUGGACUUCUAAAGGUUUUAUAGUGGUGAUGAUAACUUUCUGCAGUCUUCAGAUGUGGAUAUAACAUAUGCACAAAGCAAUUCAUUUUAAGAGUUGAAAAAUAAGUUACCUGUAACCAGUGCUAUUUUUCUAGAAAAAGAGGUACCGGAACUCACCAUGAACACCUCCCUUGUUCUCUUAUAAUGCCAGUGGCGCCCACCUGAGAGGUGCUGGAACUGAGUUCCAGUGAGUUCCAACUGGGAAAAAAGUCAUGCCUGUAACUCAGGUUCUCCCUGCUAAAUCUGUGUCUGCUGCUUCCCUUUGAAAUGGGCAGCAUGAUGCAUUGGAGAAUGACAUGCAGCCAAUGGGGGUUUAAGAUGAACGGUUUAAAAUAAGAGAUUGUUUGACAAGAUUGUAUCAUUGGGGCUUGUGAACCUCUGGCUGCAGCCGUGUAAUGGGGGCUGUCAAAAUACUGAACAGCCUGCCCCAUUUUUGCAGUAGAAACAGGUAUCAGGCUUUCUAAAACAAAUCACGCUGUCUCCUCUUGAAACAUCUGCUAGUGUGUGCUGGUAACCAAAAUGGAAACAAGAUGUGUGUCCGGGAUGGUUUCCAUCAGUCAGUUGGCUUUUUUUAAAGCUAUUUUGACUGUAGAAUCACUUGUCUAUCAUGGGUGUUGUGUGGUUUCUGUUGAUUGGUUUUUAACCCCUUCUUGAGGGUUCUUAAAUUUUACUUAGCAGUCUUCUAGAGUAGAGUGAUAGGGAACAGCCAUUGUUCAGUUAAGUGAAGGGGGGGAGCAAAUUUCUUGAAAACCCUUAUGCUUGAGCCUUUUUAGGCCCCAGGACUCUUAAGCACAUCCAAUAGAACUGUGGUACCACCCAUUGCAUUCUGCAGAAAGCUUGCCAGUUACUCUGCCCCCUUCUCUUUUACUUCACAGCACAUUUCCGAGUCAGUCCUUUUUCAAGCUCUUUAAGCCUUUGCUUUUAAAGUGCUCUUUCUCUUCUUCCUUGGCUCCAGUUUUCGACCACAGCCACCUGGGAUGCAGAGUGUUCGGUCUUAAACCUCUUCUACAGCCAAUGAAUUUCCGCUUCUUUCCUUGCUUCUCCAUCACCGCUGACCAAACCCAAGGAGAAAGACCCUUGAAUGUCCCAGAGGCCACAAGCAGCCUUUCAGUUCUCUAAAAUGUGCCUCCUUUUGAACUACAUGCUUGGGGAAAGGAGAGAGUGUCCUUUUUGACAAGCUGUUCAUGCCUUCAGAGACUCUCAAGCUGUUCUGUGUUUGAUUUUCUUUUGUAUGUACCUUAAAAAAAAUCUUUAUAAAGUGUGGGGUGGGAUAAGGGUCUGAUUAUAUAUUUUUUUUUGUAUUGCCGCUUUUAACACAAUUCAUUUUAAAUGAUUUUUUAAAAACUAACCAAUUUCUUUUUGUUUCCUGUCUAGGCUUUGAUAAGUGCCUUAUUUUGUAUGACACAAAUAUAUUUAUAAGAGUAAUUAUUUCAUGUGUAUUGUUAGGGGCUCACCUAAACAAAAGAUGGAAUGCUGAAAGAAACCACCUUUAAUUCUCCCCCUUCCCCAGUUCCCCUGGUGGAUUUUACGGUAGAGAAACAUCAUUAGAUGCGCCUUGGUAUCUGUGGGUUAUCAGUGGUUGGUAUCGGUGGUUUCCUUCAGCAGUUAUGACUGGAGUUGCUUGAUUCUUACUGGGGGCAAAAUAUUCUUAUCAGACCAAGAGUUGGUUCACAUGCUUCUGAGUGGUAGGCACAAUGGCUGCUGCCAUGUUUUCCCAGAUUGAUCAUCAUGUAUAUUUUCACAUGCUUAUUGAAUAAUGAGGCAUGUGGUCAGACAACCAUUUUUGUUGCUGUACAUGCAGAACUUACUAGAUGCCCAGAAACUGGCUGUUGCCAUAGAUCCAGUGGUUGUGUGAACUUGCCCUUGGGUGGCGCUAAGAAAAUAUUGUCUGAUCUUACCAGAAAAUGCUAUAAUGAGCCCACCCUUGUUCAACACUGAGGCCAGUAACGGCUCGAUGGUGAGGUGCCAAAUUUUAGUUUGUCCACCUUGGGUGAGGAGGGAAGUAACAUUGCUUUCCUUCAUUACCUUCAAACAGAAUUUGGCCCUCCUUGUUCAUCUGAUUAUUAUUUCUGCUACAGUUCUUAAUCCAGACUUUUUAAAUAAUUGCUUUUAUAAACUCUUCCAGUCUUCUCUCUCUCUCUCUUUUCUUGAGGGACUUUUUGUAAUGUACAUGUGAUUAAAAAAAAAUACUUUUUACCAUGUAAACUUUAAAGAAAUGAUAAAUUCUUUCUAGCCAAUCAAAAGUUGUGUUCAUAUUACUUGGAAGUGGAGGGGCGGAUGAUACGUUUGAGGUAGGAGAAGUGUAAGAUGCUUUCUCCUUCAUGCUCAGUCUGAGGAUUGAAAAGGCUCUUAAACUGCUGUUGUGUCUAUGCAAACUAAACUUAAAAAGGAGGUCACCUUCCUCAGCCUCCCUGUGCUCAUAAUGCCCCAAAUAAAUAGCUAACCUUGUCAUUUGUUUCCAGGAAAUUCUAUCUGUCAAAGCAAAAAUGGUCUUGCCAGAUCAGAUCAAGACUGUCUCAUGCAGCAGUUCAUCUCCCAACAGUGGCCAGCCAGAUACCUUGAAGUUCACGGGUAAUAGCUGUGCCCUGUUUGCAAUAAGAAUGCACUGCCUUCAGUCACGAAAGCUCUGUUUUUGGCUUUGUCAUAGCUAAUGCACAUUGAUAAGUCUAUUUUCUGCACAUUUGUCUAAUCCUCAGCAAAAAACAACCAACCCACAUCAACCAUAUGUGUAGCAGAAAUUCCGCUUAGCCUGGUCGGUGUCUGUAAGAUUGAGGGUGGUCCAAAGCUUAUUUUAGGCGGAGAUACAUAAAACUUCAGCUCAUAUGCAGGUUGUUUGUGCAACUCUGUUGAAUCUGGGACUGGCACCUAGAAACAGACUUCAGUUAUGCACGUUAUCCUUAACACACACAUCUCCCUAAAAGAUUUUUAAGACGUCUGGAGUGACUCGUGAAAGAGGCCUGGACUCCGCAAGGCAAACAGAGAGAAUUCUGCAUUUACAGAAGAAUGUCCGUAGUGGUUUCCCAAGUCCAAAAUACAACUUUUCAUGUUCCUUCCUUGCCCUUGUCACUGUUCCUAAUAAAUCCUCGCUUGCUUUUCUCUC